AGCACGGCCUUAGUGUCGCUCGUACAAUACGCCCUCCUGACCCCGCCCACAGCUCGCGUUCGCUACAAGAGGCGGGGCUCAGGCGCGCGUGCGUUUUACAAGUAAAUAAACGUUCUCGUGAAGGACUGCGGCGGGAGCGCGCACCGAACGUCAAAGGGGGUAACAACCGAGCGCCGCGCACACCCCGACCACCCAGUAUUACACCCCCACCACCGUAUGGACUGUCCGCACCUACAACCAGCGUCUGGGGAGGAGCGGGUCUGCACACUGUGUGUUAUGCGGCUGUCAUGGAGCCAGACUGUGCUGGGGGUCCUCCGAGCUGAGUGUGUUACCUGCAGGGGACCGAGCAACUGCUGCCACGGACAUGAGCACACUGGGACCCUGGAGCAACAGCCCCUCUCCCCUAACACUGGGACCCUGGAGCAACAGCCUCUCCCCUAACACUGGGACCCUGGAGCAACAGCCUCUCCCCUAACACUGGGACCCUGGAGCAACAGCCUCUCCCCUAACACUGGGACCCUGGAGCAACAGCCCCCCCCCUCUCCCCUAACACUGGGACCUGGAGCAACAGCCCCCCCUCCCCUAGCACUGGGACCCCUGGAGCAGCCCCCUCUCUCCUAACACUGGGACCUGGGCAAGCAGCCCCCCCUCUCCCCUAACACUGGGACCCUGGAGCAACAGCCCCCCCCCUCUCCCUAACUGGGACCCUGGGCAACCCAGCCCCCCCUCUCCCUAACACUGGGACCCUGGGCAACAGCCCCCCCCCCCUCCCUAACACUGGGACCUGGGCAACAGCCCCCCCUCUCCCCUAACUGGGACCCUGGGUAACAGCCCCCCCCUCUCCCCAACACUGGGACCCUGGGCAACAGCCCCCCUCUCCCCUAACACUGGGACUACACUGGGACAGGACCCUGUAACAGCCCCCCCCCUCCCUAACACUGGGACCCUGGAGCAACAGCCCCCCCCCCCAACCCUCUUUAACACAGGGGCUCUAGAGCACCCCUUACAACACAGUACAAUAAACACAGCCCUUGGUCAUGUACCUUCUGGGUACACACCCCAUGAGCAUAUCUCACAUGCCACCCUAUUUACAUGUUGCUAACACAUAGCCAUCUGCAGCCCUGAACACAGGAUAUAAAUACACUCCCUACUGGUGGCUGCACUUUGUGUAUCCUGUAGCUUUGCAUAUACUUGUGACAGCAUAAGAUCCAUGUAUAGGCUUUAGUUGUUCAUUGUUACUUGCUGUUUACCUUUUCGCCUAUCUUUCAAGUUGGAGUUAGUGUUGCAGCACUGGCCCAGCUACCUAUUAUGUUACUAUAAACUUUAUUCACUAAGGAGCACACUACAUGUUUACAGCUUCUAUGUGUCCUGCAUUCACUGCUAGGAUAUUAACAAUUGGUGCUGUUCAGGUCCCUAGCGCCUGUAUACCUUAGCACCACUGCGCCAUGGCUGCAGUAAACAGUGUGUCACUUUAAUCUGGUUUGCAGUAUUAUAGCAAUCACAUACUUUCUUAUUGUGGUUUUUAAAUUUACACUUAUUUUCUAUUUCUCAGCCCUCAUAGAAGGAAAUGUCAAUGGAAAGCCAGGAUCUAGUUACCGUAACCUCAGGUAAAGAACAGAUGGCAGUUGGCGAUGGCCCUGGCCAUGACUUGCAGGUGCUCCUCUUGAAGAGUCCUCGUCCGGAGAUGCCAGAGGGAAAGAGCUCCAAUAAGGAGAAUGACCAAACAUGCUCUGAAAAACAUAGAGCAAUUGAUGCCCCACCUCCACAAACCAACCCAUGGAACAGAAAGCAUGGUCGGGCCCCUACCAAUGUCCAAAAUGCUGGCAUCCAUGAACAGAGGGGUGAGUUGCAUUUGCUCAGCUAUUUAUUUUUGUUUAUACACAUUUUUGUUUUGUAUUUUUUAAACUAUGUUGAACUGGUCUACACUGUAAACCUGUAUACUCUCCCCCCCCUGAUAUUUUUGACUCUUCAUGCAUUUUUGACAGUGUAAAAUAUGCAGAAUUGCAAAGUAAGAGUUUGAGUAGCCAUCUGCAGAGGAUUUUCUGAUCAUGUUUGUUAUGAAUGCAUAGUGAGUGAUGGGUAAUGGUGCUCAUUGGUGUCACUUUUCUGUACGUGGUUUGCCCAUUAGUGAUUAGGCUUUUUCUGAACCUCUGCAGCAUAAUUUUGUUCCAGUAGACAAUCAUUUAUUCACUAAACGGAGUUCCAAAUUUUAGGACAAAAUGGCAGAGCUGGGAAAAACGGUGGUGGUUUUCUAAUUUUGGCAUUAUUGCUCUAAAAUGCGUACAUUUUAAAAUUCAUUUCUAGCUUGGUAUGUAAACGUUAGUGUCAGCCCCUCCUCCCCAACAUCCAAAGUGAGUAUUCACUUCAGCUUGUAUCACCACAAAGCAGGCAUACCAGGCUCCUGGGUUUUCCUGACACAAGGGGACCUACCAUGACAAGCUGCUUUAUGAAACUAGUUCUGCAGUGGAGAGUAGUGACACUGGCCUCUCUACAAUGCAUAAGCCAAAAUGGCACAUAGUGAGCAGUAUCUCUGGCUUCCUGGUCUGAUAAAAGCGAUAACGAUUUCCUACUCAGCAGGCCACCCAGUGACAGACUGGUCUGUACUUCAUAUGUCAAAUGAAGUAAAAACCUCACUAAAAGUGGAUUUUAAUACAUUGGCUGCAAAAUUUAGAGCUGAUUGUCACUUGGGAUCGCACAUUCCAUUUAGAGGAGAAAGCUUAGGAGCUAAUAGAUGCCUAUAACUCUCUGGCUUACUCAUUUGCCCCUAUAGAAACUAAGCUUCAGCCUAUGGAGCACAGAGCAUGUCGCAACAACACUUGCAUCAGGGGAAAUUGGUGAAGAGGUGAAAGCACCAAGCCUUGCAACGUAUGACCGACAGUUAUUUAAAGUGAUAUUACAAGAGGCCUUGGAGCUAGUUAACUUUAGACUGCACUCACAGGCUUGCUAAGCCCCAACACCUGCCUCAAUCAGUCUCUGGAGAUGUCAUCACAAAGGUACAUUACUAUGGUAUUGGAUCAUACGAGAGACUAGAUCACCCAAAGCUCUUCACAAGUAGUAACUCAACUUUAAAUCCUAUACAGAUCUAUCACCAUCUAGGAUGGGCAAGCAACAUUUCAUUAUUAUUAUUAUUAUUAUUAUUAUUAUUAUUAUUAUUAUUAUUAUUUCCACAGCGCUUUACAAUAUUAUGAAAGGGGAUAAAUUAGACCAUUAAGGGCUGGGUACCCCACACAAGCAAGUUAGCAUUACAAGAAGCUAGAAAAGCUUUUAUUCUUGCCGGAGACCCACUUGCUGGAGACUUGCACCAAAACUGUGUUCACCCCAAUUACCAACCAUUAACAUGCUAGCUACUGAUUAAAUUCUUAUCUAUUCUGCAACUUACUGAUCCAACUUUCUGUUUCAUACUGUAAAACUAAUACUGACCAGCUUAAUUUGGCCCAAACCUUAAAUCGGGGGAGAGUUGGUGGGUAGAUAUGGGACAAGUCUUCCUAGACUGCAAUGGAUGCCUAAAGUCUAGAUACAGACACUUGUUUCAUUCCAUCAGUUUGCUCACUCAAACCUAGGACCGUAGCUCUGGGGAUAAGUUAAAACUUAUGAGUAGAUGAUAUUCGCUCACUCCAGCAAUUGAUGGCAGAUGUUGGUGUUUUACUGUUUGAAUGCCUACAAACAAGAUAGAACUUAUCUUCUUGUCUUAUAGUUUUCAUCUUCAGCUAACUUGUGCUAUUAACACUUACAUUUAAACUGGGAUAAAACUGUCUUCUUAGGCACUACUCCAACAGGUAUUCCACCAAUAUUGGACCGCUCCCACCAAGGCUAAAACCUUUUCACUGUGUUACAAUCCUUUGACACUAAUGCAGGACAUUAAAGCCAGGUUUAUGCUAUUCUGGGAAAGAGACUGCAAAGUAUCUCACAAAAAGGAAUGGACCCCGAUGGGUAACAGGUUGCAGGGGGUGACACUGUCAUAACCAUAUAAAGACCCACUGCAAAUUUACAUGCACAUGAAAUUUUACUUAAGAUUGCGUUCACAAACUCAACCGCUUACCCUAGUCAUCUUUGUUUAAGCUGUCUCUGGGCUAGGGGCACACGUAUCCCUUCUGGUGAGUGGAUUGCAUUGCACCCAUUCACAAAUGUGGUGCACACAUUGAUUGGAGAUCUCUCAUUUCAAUCACUACAUAGGCCCCCUGAAAUCUAACACACAUACCCUGUCUUUUCCCCAGUGAGCACUAGCAAUGCCUAUAAUCCUAGCAGCAAAGAGCUUGAUUGCCCUAAAUUGUAAAAAGUGUGGUAUUCCCAACACAACGGGAGCUAGAGACAAAUUGCAAAUGCGAAACAAUGUUGGCCCUCAGACUGAAACAGAAAAAGAGAGAUCAGAUAUGGGAUUCUUGGAACCAGUUCCUACACAACGAUGACACUUGGAACGCUGAAAAAUUACACUAGCCUUAACAUGGGGAAAUAAAGAAAUUAUGAUUCACGUAACUACCACACAGAUGUGAGAAAAGUUGAAGUUAGUGGGGGGUACACAGUUUAAACCUGUGGGCGUGCCUAAAGUGUGUCUUUAGGCACAUUCCAUCUCAUGUUGUGUAAUGGUUGGUGAACGGGUUUCUGUUCUGCGUGUUCGAGUUCUAAUUUUUAUUAAAUAUUUUUUUUUUUUUUUUUUAAUUGGUAUGCAUUAUAUUUCUCAUUCUUGUUUAUAUUGGGGAAGUUCCCCCUCAACUCUGCUGUAAUGUGCCAUGCAAUAUGUCUGUAUUACUUCUGUAAUGACAAGACCUUAAUAAAUUACAAAGUAGUAGGGAUCGACUGAUAUGUUUUUUUUAUUAUUUUUUAUAACCAAUACAGAUAGCGAUAAUCUCCAGGCUUUUGGGCUGAUAGCUGAUAACUUACCGAUAAAAGAAAUCAUUUCUGCACAAAUCAUUUAAAAUUUUUAUUUUUUUUGUAUUCAAGAAUAUUUGGUGUUCCUGUCCCUUAGUGUACCUCUCCCCUCACCUCCCCUCCCUGUCCAUUAGUGGGUUUCUCCAUCUUCCCUCUCCCUCUCCCUUGACAGUGUUACAAGAGGCUGUUUCCUGUACCCAGUCGGACUGACAGGAAGUGCUCUCUCAGUGAGCACUUCCUGUCAGUCCACCCGGGUACAGGAAACUGAAGCUCCUGUAUCGCGGCCCACUCUGCUCCUUUCAACCACGCUACACAGUGACAGGUUGGGGGAGCGCUGUGCACUUCCUUCCUGACAGUCAUUUGAUUCUUGCAUCCCCAGAGCCGGCCACCUGUGUCGCAAUAUGGAUGCGUCGGCCCUGCGUGUGCUGGGACACCGCCUCCUCACAUUAUUGGCAAUAUCGGUAUCGAUAGUGGCUGAUAGCGAUAUCUACCAAAAUCUGAAAUAUUAUCGGCCGAACAGAUUCUGUCUAUGCAUACAAAGUAGUAAUGGUGUGUUUGUGUUUUUUUUUUAAUUUUUUUGUUUUUUUAUUUACUUUUUCCCUACGUUUGACAAAAAUGCGGAAUUAAUGUCAAGCCCUCAGUUGCCACUAUUUAUGUCAGGCCUAUCCAACCUGCGCCCCCCCAGAUGUUGCUGAACUACAACUCCCAUGAUUCUUUCAAUGAAACAGCCAGGGAAUCAUGGGAGUUGUAGUUCAGCAACAUCUGGGGGCCGCAGGUUGGACAGCCCCUGACUUAUGCCCUAUUGGCCAUUAUUGUGAAGGUCCCAACUUCCAUUAACAUUUAAAUUACUAUAAAACUACGGUAAAACUUACUUGAAUUCAGACACUAUUCGGCACUUCCCCUUAUGAAAUCACUGAGCCAUUGUGUGGACCAAUCAAAAGCUUCUCAGAAGCAGGAGUGCCAUAGUGAGUUUUUAACACCCCACACCCCCAUUUAUUUAUUUUUAUAUUUAUUGGUUGAUAACGAGCUAAAAAUAAUUUUUUGCAGUGACUUUAUUAGGUGACAUUGCAGCUGCCAACUUUAAAAAAACAAAACAAAACAAAAACUACUUCUUUCCCCUGAAGUACUGCUAUUUCCUUUCUUCAGCUCCUGAACAGAACUGUUUUAUAAGGUAUCCUAAUCACUACAGCGUGGCAAUAUAACUUUUGUAUUUUGGGUCGCAGGCAUUUUAGAGUGCCGAAGGUUCAUUGCCUUGGAUAGCAGGCAGUAGCUGCUUGCACAGAUCAAAUUUUCUUAUGUUUAAAGCCUUAAUGUUGCGAAAUUGGGUGUGGUCUAUAUAACAUGCUUUUAGAAAGUGCCAUGACAUGAAACUACAACAUGCAUUAGCAAGAACAAAUUCAAAUAAUUCUGCUGAGCUAGGUAGCUGUCUUUAAUCCACCACGUGAUGGCAGGCUGCUUAAAUUCAUUCACCCAAUUACAUUGCUGCUUGUUCUGCCAGGGAAGCCGGCACAAUGCAAAUGGUUGUGUACAUGAAGAUGUGAGUCAAAAAUAAAAUUUACAAUCUUUACCACAAUAUAUUUUCAGAUGUCAAUUAGAUUUGAAUGUAUUGGUACCAGAAGUGUACCUAGAACACUUGUGCAGUCUCACACGUACAAUCACACAUACAUCUGUGCCAAGGUGGAGAGGAGUGGACACUGGACAACAGUCCCUGGUGUCAGGGGGGUAAGCAGCGACUCCUUUGUUGCUUCCCCUUCAACAUAUGGUAGUUACCAGACAUUGGGUGUUGGUGGCAUAUCGGUCUGGACCAGUUGCCUGUAUCUGUGAGGCAGCUCCCACUUUGCUAGACAUGGGGAGAUAACAAUCUUCUACCCAGGUCCUGUGCCACACAACACUCGCCUGUUACCCAAGGCAGAAUGCUCAACACUUGCCUAUUACAAGCAUCACAAACACGGUACAAGCAUCACUUUUUCCAAAUUGUAAUUUAUUUUAUUUAUUUUUUUGUUCUAUGUAGCAUUAUAUUUUCAUGUUAACUGGGCCUUUUACAUUCCAUUAAAAGCAAGUUUUCCACUUUCAAACACUUGGUAGUAAAAAUGCAUAAAGGUAGAUACAGCUGCUUGCAGCUUUCUUUAAUUUUUUUUUUUUUUUUACAUUAAUCCCAUCCACAUUAUGUUCUUGAAUCUGUGGCAUUGCCGAUCCUUUCCCUUGUUUAGAAAGGCAGAUCCGCUAUUUAGUUCUAUGAAAGUUUAGUGACAACAGACGGUUAUUCACAUUAAAGGGAGAGACCAGAUUUAACAAACUGAAAGGAUAGCGGACUUAGAAGUUUUCUAACUCUAUUUUGACCUAAUGAUGAAAAAUCACUUUGCAUUCACUUAGAAUUCUAACAUUAGUGAAUAACCUGACCGUAUAUAUUACUAAAACUCAGAUUUUAGGCCAAAUUAACUGCUAAGAAUAUGGUUGACCAUUUUGGACUAAGGUCGUGGUGCCACUUUAAUAUAAUUGUGUUAAGGGAUUUGUCUGGCCACUACAUGAAGGCUCUAGUUCUCAUCCUGCUUUGGAAUAGAAUUUUAUUUGUUUUUCCAUUCCCACUAAUUGUAUUCAGAUUCCCCAUGAGUGUGGGGGUCAGUGGUCGGUUUGUAUUAAUCAUAUCUACAUGCUGCACAAAGUACUGGUGCUGCUCUUCCACAACCUAAAUAUUUGCUAUUCAUGAAAAUUUCUGUAAAUGUAAAUUUGUGUUUACAGAAGUUCUUCACUUUGCAUAUACUGACUUGUAAGUCCACUAUAUGGCUAACUCAUAUUUGAAACCAAAAUGCAGAAUGUGCUUUGAGGCUUGUUCCCCUCCAAAUCACUGUAGUCUUGCACUUUAAAUACAUGAACUCCACCCGACACCCUUAAAGGAACACAGUGUCUGGAAUACAUGCUUGUCCUAAUGCUAUAGUGCCUCCUGUUCCUAACUAAAUACAGGUGUCCUCCUUCACCCUGUCUGCCUUCUAAAUUAAUUAAAAUAAGGAUUUGCUUACUUUUUCACUUGUUUACCUCUCUGCCUUAUAUAAUGACUUGGAGGUCUUCUCUGUGAUGGUCAGAGGGGGCACUGUGCUGGGAGGACUUCCUCCAGGGUCAGAGAGCAGAGACAGGGAGAGGAAGCUCAGCUCUGCACAGAGUUGUGGGGGGGGGGUGUAGGAGGAGGUGUGUCGGUGGGGUUUCAGUCUUUGUGUAUUGGUUAGUUAGGGGGUUGGGGGUGCUGGGGAAAUCUCCUCCCUUUUCCGAUGUCAGCAAUGCAUGCGCGGAAAGAGCCGCACGCGUGCAUUCAAUCAGUCUCAAUGCUUUCCUACGGAUGUCUAGCAUCUUUUCACUGAUUUUCACAGUGAGAAUCACGGAAGCGCCUCUAGCGGCUGGAUUAACCCGAAUGUAAACAUAGCAGUUUUGCUGAAACUAUGUUUACAGCUGCAGGGUUAACCCUAGAUGGGCCUGGCACCCAGACCACUUCAUUGAGCUAAAGUGGUCUGGGUGCCUGUAGUGGUCCUUUAAUCAACCCUCACAGUGUGAGCUAUUCUGACUGGCAUUUGCCUCGGAAUAAAGAUACACUGACUAAGCUGGUGAAUAUAGUUCAGACGUAUUUAUACAAUAUAUCGAUCUAUUAGAGAUCCUUUUGUAUAAACUUGUUCUCAUCAAUAUAGUCCUCGAUUGAUACAGUACUAAUCUGUCAAUAAAAUGCAUCUACAAACACGGUACAAAUAUGGCUAACUACUGAAGACUCCUACUAUCCAGUAGUAUGUAAUAUUGCCUUAAAUCAUUAAUGGAAAGAACAUUCUUAUCAUAACAAAGAUUCUGACCGCUAUAGCCUUUUUGUGCUUUUUAAGGACUAAUAAAAUCCUACUCAACCCGUAUCUAGAUUAACAACUAUCUAUAUUGAGGGUAUUUCUACAUUGUUCUAACCCUGCAUAUACGGGACUUAAGACUUCGCUAAAAUUGAGACUGAUUUCGUAGGUAACAAAUUGCUUUUCCGCUACAUACAACCCCAACAUUGUUGAUUUAGCUGUCAGUCCCUAAUUGUACGUAAUGCUAUUAUAGGUAUUGUGUGCUAUUCCAGCAAUUUUAAUCUUGGAUGUAUAUUAUUCUUGGUCAUGGAUGGGCAUUUACGUGCACGGGUGUUAUGUAUUUCCACUACCCCCCUGUGAUUUUUAGUCUAUUAACUAUGAAAAGUUGUUUUACAUCCAAGUGACAAACCUUUCAUUUGGUAUUCUACUUUCCCCUUGCGUUUCCUUAGACUAAGAGGGAAACUGACUCUUUAGGAUUUUCCACUUGAUUCCUUUUUUUUUCUCCUGCUCUCUCUUUCUAGUUGAAAAUAAUGGAUCUUUUGAAAGACCAUUUAAUGGCGAGGAAAACCUUAUGUAAUGUAUGGGUACAGUAAAUGAGGAAAAUUAGAACUAAACACACAUGCUGCAGAAAUGUAAAAACAGCCGUGGUUCCAAACGGUGCGGUUUGGGUCACAAAGGGGUUAAUGGAGUUUGUAAGUAGGUAGACAAACCUAUAGGGGAAUUAAAUUAUUUAACAUUGUCUGAAAAUCCCCUAUCCCUUCCCACCUUACACCCUCCCCCACCUUUGUUAUUAAAUUCUAUUGCGGACCUCAUUUUAUUUGCUCUAUCUCUCAUUUUUGGAGAGAGGGCGCAUCCCACAUCUACUGUAAUAUAGUUGGAUUUGUGAUUCCAUUUAUAUGCCUGCUUUUCUGGCAUCAAUUUCCCCUUUUUACUUCCUCUUCACCUCUCCCUCAUAAGUGUGUGUGUGUGUGUGUAUGUAUGUGUGUGUGUAUGUAUGUGUGUGUAUAUGUGUGUGUGUGUAUAUAUGUGUGUAUAUAUAUAUAUAUAUAUAUAUAUAUAUAUAUAUAUAUAUAUAUAUAUAUAUAUAUAUAUAUAUAUAUAUAUAUAUAUAUAUAUAUAUAUAUUUUUUUUUUUUUUAAUUUUUUUUUUAUUCAAGAGGUUGAGGUAUGCAUGAAACCAGUAUUGGGAGCAGAGGGAAAGUGAAUAAUGAUCUAGCUUCUUGCCCUGUUUUACCUUUACUUGGGAACACCUUUAACCUAAUGGGGUGACUGUUAAGACAAUUUUUCCAUUUUCUGUAUUCAUAUAUCUCAAUCUUCGGAGUAUAUUUGUUACCCAAGUUCAUUAGAAUACCCUGUUCCAUUUUUGCUUGCCAUAUAACUUGUGAUGUUACUUCUUGGACAUCUGGGAUUUUCCCUGUUUUCCAGUUUUGUGAUAGGAGCAGUUUAGCUGCGGUAAUAGGUAAUACUAACAUUACUUUUAUUUAUUUUUCUUAUUUUUGGCCAAAAUAAUCAAAAUUGGACUAUAAUAUAUCUUAGACAGAAAAUAAUCUUUAAUUUUUUUUUUUUACAUUUAUACUCUCAAAUGCAUCUUAUUUAAAGUAUUUUAUAAAGGAACAGAUGGCCUAGUCUGGUGUCUGGCAUAUCUGCAUAGUGAGUAUUGAGUAGUGAGUAUUGAAAGGUUGACACAUGUACAUGUAUCACUACUGAUGCAAUUUAUGUAACUUGCACAUCUCGUCACAGUCAUACCCAAACCGUAUGCAGGAGGGUUUCAGUAAACUGCUUUUGGUACCCCAAUGGAGAAUGUCCUCUACAGUAGGCAAAUAAGAUUGAAAACAGUUCUGCCCUGGUUAAUUGUCAAUAUGAAAUGUUUGUUUUCUCUAAUCAUUCUUUUGUGGUUUCAUACUUUGCUGUCUUUUUAUUUUAUUUUUUUUCAGGUCCCUGAAAUUCAGUUGUUUUAAUCUUUAUAGAACUAAAUAAAUGACUUUAACAUUUCUAAACAGUGACUAUUGAGAUUAUAAUGGGAUCUAUGUUUUAGGUUUGCCUUCAUCAAGAAUUAAUAGGCCAGGAAAACAAGCACCAAAAAAGGUAACAACCUCACCUUCCACAAAUGCACAUUGGGACUUGUAUAUUACACUUUCUUUACACCCUAUUUUUUACCUUUUAUAACUUCAAAAUCACUUAGUCUCUUACUCGACAAAGAACUAAAUAAAACUAGUAACACUUGUAAAAUGAAACACCAAACGUAUGUACUGUAAAACUUUAACAACAUAUAAAAAUAACUUUAUGUGGUAGUAUUGCACAGAUAUAACAAGAUAAGUAUACUUCUGUUACUCUCCUCUCAUUCAUCCACAGACAUGACCUGCUGUCAUUAGAAAAACUACUCUACUCAUUGGAAAAUCUGCCCUUUUAAUAAACACUUCUGUUGCCUUUGCUAUGUAAGCAAAGUGCUCCAAACUAGUGAUUGGCUGGCUCAAAUCAAAAUCAACUCGAAAACUAUGAAUAUCUUCCUUGCAUAAACAAAAUUUAUAUCUUUGUGGGCACUUGUUCUUGCUAUGUAAGCAAAGUGCUCCAAACUAGUGAUUGGCUGGCUCAAAUCAAAAUCAACUCGAAAACUAUGAAUAUCUUCCUUGCAUAAACAAAAUUUAUAUCUUUGUGGGCACUUGUUCUUGCUAUGUAAGCAAAGUGCUCCAAACUAGUGAUUGGCUGGCUCAAAUCAAAAUCAACUCGAAAACUAUGAAUAUCUUCCUUGCAUAAACAAAAUUUAUAUCUUUGUGGGCACUUGUUCUUGACUUGUUCUGUCAGUAUCUUAGAAACUUGGUCAAGUUAUGUUACCAAUGUUUACUUAUCAUUAACAUUGUGUCAUUAUUAACAUGAUCCUUUCCACUGCUAGGUAUGGGAUCAAGCUUGCAAACGUUUACACUGUUUACUUGCUCCUCAGUGAAUAAAUGAUUCCGUUGAUAAAGUUCUGCAUUUUGUACAGUAUCCGGGUUGCACUGUUACUUGAAGCCAAGCUGCUGAUUUUAUGCAGUGGAAUUUUAUUCCAUAAAGGGACAGUCUAAACACCAAUAACAAAACAUCGCAAUGUACUUGCUUCUGUGCGUAGACCUAGUUCCUCCAGUCUGAGAAAUGUAAACAUUGCCUGGCCAAGCUUUAUAAAUGCUCAUGUAUUGAGCUGAAACAUUGCUCUCUGUUCCUGAAAUAAAUUUUUUUUUUUUGUUUUUUUAAUUUUUUUUUUUUAUUUAAGUGUAAUUUUCUUUUUAGCAGAGUGACAUCAAUGACAUCACAAACUGGCCGACGCCAAUGGAGACCACAAACCAUGAGGUGGGUACAACUUCAUCAUAUACGAAUGAAGCGUUGAACACUCCUAUCCUCCACUCAAGCUGCAUAUUUAAGGAAAAAUAAAUGAGUUUUAGUGAAUUUUGUACUUUCUGUGUCAAAGUCAAAAUCUGGGUAAAGGUAUUGGUAAAGAUUUCUUGUAACUAGCUUUUUUUUUUUUUUUUCUUUCUAAUUUAUUGAUUUAGUUUUCCUCUAUUUUCAGUGCCGUCUUCCCCUUAGUCCUUCAACCUGUAAAGCACAGGAUGCAAAGUCUCAGAGUAACAAGGAACCUUGGAAAAAUGUUGAAAGCAAGAGCAGUGAACGGGAGGACAUCUGUGAGAAUUUUAAUUUAAGCCCUGACUCAGCUGUCCUAAGGAAGAAAGGUUUGAAAAUGGGAUCUUGUAAAUAAAGUGACAGUUCAAAGUUAAUUUCAAAUUUAAAUGAGCAUUUAGUGUCAGUAAUACAAACAUGUAUAGUACCGUUUACGUCCCCAGCCUCCCUUAUUUUGCUCUGAAAAGGUGAGUUUACUCCCCGUGCCUCGCUAGUCUGUCCAUGGCUGAUUCCACCUCCAUGGCGAUUUUGAUUAUCUCCGCGAAAUCAAUGCUUUCCCACAGGAAAGCAGUGAGAGACUAUUGUGCCUGUAUGGCAAAAUUCCGCAAUGCACCAAUCGGCUUCUCCUCCUAGAGAUGUAUUCAAUCAAUGCAUCACUAUGGGGAACAUUCAGCGUCUCCAUGCAGAGCGUGACCAUGCUGAACACCACAGGAAGCAUCUUUCGUGCAUGUCUGACUGUUCUCUGAAAAGGUAGCGUUUAUAUUGAAAUGCCUGCAAAGGACAAGUAGUAGACACCAGAACCACUACAUUAAGCAUUAGUGUCCUUUUAAGGUAGACAAGGCCAAAUUCGUAUGCUUUAAGGUCUACCUCAAAUUUGAUUUUAUUAUUUUUUUUUUUAAUUCACUAAAGAAAUGUUAAGGCAAAUCUUUAAAUUAUAUUAUGAUGGAGCAGACACAUCGCACAAAUUAUGGGUUUUGGUUUAGAAUCUGUCAUUAAAGGGUCACUCCUUUGCCAGAAUACAAAAUCAUAGUUUAGUAGAUUUACUCAAAAUGAAAGCGGGGGGGCGGGGAGGGUGGAAGGGGGGUGAUGUGAUGUGACAUGACACGACUUAUACUGUGACUUUUUUACACAUAAAGCACUUCAGCAAGCUUAAGUAGAGGCAAACUUUUUUUUUUUUUUAACCUUGUCUACAAAAUGUCUUAAAUAUUUAUAUUGCAGGUAGCAAGAAAAAAUGGGUUCCACUUCAACUGGAGUGCAGCAAAGCCAAUGAACCUGACAGGCCAGGAUUUCACGUGCCAACUUUACAAUCCCCAAACUCUGCUACUUCACAAUACAAUAAACGAGAGGAUUACACCCACAGUACAGGUAUGAAUUUGUAAAACUAAAAAAAGCAACAUUUAAGUGAUUAGUAAUACUUAAAUGGACCCUAUAGUCACCUGAACAACUUCAGAUUAAUGUGGUUGUUCAGGUGAGAACAAUGGCUCCCUGCAGCCUUUCUCAUGUAGACACUGUAUUUUUUGAGAAAAUAGUUUUACCUUGGAAGCUAGGAACACCUCCAGUGGCAGUCACUCAGACUGCCACCAGAGUAACUUCAGAGUUCAGAGCUGCCUAAUUUGCAUUCAUCACGUUUGACGUCUUCACACUUUGGUGCAUACAUCAAACGUGAUAUCUGGAGACAGGAGGCACUGUGAAUGCGCCUCCUGUGCCUGUCUGCAAACAGAGCAGACGGUGUAAGAACGAUCUCUUGCACACAGCGUGGACUUGUGCUGAAAGCAGAAGGCAGGAGGAUCUGCUGACUUGAAACUGUAAGUAAAAAUAUUUAAAAAAUUGAGCAUACAGCGCUCAGUAAAUUCAUAGAGCGGCAUUCAAUGAACCUCUACAAAGAACCUGAUUGGUGCAGAGCAAAGCCUCAUAUGCGCACCAGAGUGAACGCUUCUCAAAGAAGCGUCUGAGCCCUGCUAUUUUGUUAUUUUUGACAAAGGCUUGGCUUGCUGAGGAGCUCAGCGCUGGAACGGAGGUAAGUUUAUAUGAUAAAAUCCAUAAUAUACAACGAAACUUAAAUACCGACGUAAAAACAUACAAAAAUAUACAAUCCAGUAUAAACAUAGUCAACCUUUGGUCUCAGUGGUUGGGUGUUAUGCUCACGAGAAGUUUUAGUGUUUCUGUGCUGUGGUUUUGGGUGUCUGCUGGGGUCAGUUGUGGGUGUGGGCCCCUGUAGGGUCUCCCCUGUUUGUUUUGCUUUUGGGUUUCAGCCCCUGGUCUCCCCACCCUGUUAUGCUUCUGUUGGCCAUUUAUUGGGGCUGCGGCCUAGCCAGGUUUGGCGACAUCAGCGCCGGUUCGCUCAGCCACGGGUCCCAAAUUUUGUGAAAGUGGCGUGACGUUUCGUGGCCUAGGGCUGAGAUUCUGUCCAUUUCAAUGGCUUCCCUGGUUUUGCGAAUGAUUGUGGAUAGAGUGGGGACCUCCGGGGUGCCCCAGAGUUCUGCUAUCUCCCUCCUUGUUGCCAGAGCUGUUCUGUUUGCUAAUUUGUUUUGGGCCCUGGUUAAAGGUUCCCAGGGUUUGGAUAGGAGCCAGAUCCAUGGGUCUAAGGGUAUAUCUGUGUGGAGUAAGCUGGAGACCAGGCGGGCCACCUCUGCCCAUAGCGGUGCUAGUUUUGGGCUUUGCCACCAUUGGUGUAUGUAUGUUCCCCUUUGCCCACACCGUUUCCAGCAGAGGUCCGAGUCAAUCUUACCCAUUCGGUGUAGUCUUGCGGGGGUUAGAUACCAUCUUAGUAAAGUUUUAUAGGCCUGCUCUUUGUGGUUGACACAGAUAGAGAUAGAUGCUGUGGCCUCCUAUAUGUCCUGCCAGUCAGUCGGGUCCCCCGGUGGCCCCAGGUCCCUCUCCCAAGCCGCCACAUAUGCCAUCGCUCCUGGGGCGUGAGUAGAGAUGAGCAGGCUAUAGUUGUCAGUGAUCUGGCCCUUACGGGCUGGGUUGUGUAUGCAUGCUCGUUCAAAUGUUGUGCAUCUGGUGGUGGCUGCUGUCCUAUUAUCAGGGAGUUCCAGAAAGCUCUUUAGUUGUAUGUAUCUGAAAAAGUCAUGUGUGUUGUAUGGUGAGUGUUGUUGGGGAAGGUCUUUGUAUUGCAUUAGUUUUCCUCCCUCGAAGAAGUGGCAUAUUCUAUAAAGGUCGUUGUGUUCAUAGUAUGCAAAAUCUUUUGGGUUAAUUCCUGGGCUAAAUGCUUUAUUGCGCAGUAUGGGUGUCAGUGGUGAUGGGUUGUUGAUAGGGAAUUUUCGGGUAAGCUUGUCCCAGGUGCUGAUAGAAUUAGCUAAUGUCGGGGGUAUGGGCGGUGGUGUGGGCCGGGUGUUUCGUGGGACCCAUAGGUACAAUGAGGGGAGGUCAAAGCCAAAUAUGUCGUGUUCUAAGUCCACCCAGCGCUUCGUCCCCGGUAGGGUGUGUAGAUGUUGUAUCUGUGUGGCUUGCGUCGCGUGGUAAAAGUGUUGUAAGUGGGGUACUGUCCUGUUGGGGAUGUACAUGGUCGCCCUUUUUACUCUCGGACGUUUAUUCGACCAGAUGAAUUUGUCGAUGUGCGACUGUAACUAUUUGAAGUCCGAGUUUGGUAUGGGGAUGGGGAGGGUUUGAAAAAGAUAGCGCAGUCUUGGUAGAAGAUUAAUCUUUACCGAGGCUAGGCGUCCCAGCCACGACAAAGACAAGUCCCUCCAUCUCUGCAGGUCUUCCGUGAUUUUCUGUAUCAGUGGUGAGUAGUUUAAUGCGUAUGUGUGCUGUAGUUCCGCUGGUAGUGUGAUCCCUAGGUACGAGAUGUGUGAGGCCUUAUAAUUGAAAGCAUAUGUGUUCCGUAGUGUCUGUCUUUGAUUGUCUGGUAUUGUCAGCAUGAGUGCUUCAGUUUUAUCGAAAUUUAAUUUGUAUCCCGAUACCUCUGAGUAGUCGUCUGGGAGUGCGUUCUGCGGAUCUGUGAGUGACUGCAUCAGGUCAUCGGCGUAUGCCGCCGCUUUGUAUGUUUGUGUGCGGAUUUUGAUGCCUGUGAUCUGGGGAGUGGUGCGGAUAAGAUGCAGUAGUGGUUCAAGUGAGAGGGCAAACAGGAUGGGGGAUAGGGGACAGCCCUGCCUCGUGCCAUUGUAGAUGGAGACCGAGGGGGGUUCGUGUUUGGUAUGAGUAGGUUAGCAGUAGGAUUAGAAUAGAUCAUUCGCAGGGCGUCUUGGAAUGGUUUGGGGAAUCUGAGUUUCUCCAGAGUUGCAAAGAGAAAUGGCCACAGUAACCUAUCAAACGCCUUUUCGGCGUCCAGGGAUAGGAGUAGCGUCGGAAUGGAGCGCUGGGUGGACACCCAGAUCAGGUCUAGCAUCCUCCUGGUAUUGUCACUAGCUUGGCGAGUGGGGAUGAAGCCCACCUGGUCCGGGUGGAUUAUUGAUGUGAUAUAUGGUAGCAGCCUGUUGGAGAGUAUUUUCGUGAACAGUUUGAUAUCUACAUUCAAUAGGGAUAUUGGCCGAUAGUGGCCUGGGUCUGAGAGGGGUUUGUUGGGUUUGGGUAGAAGGCAAAUGUUGGCUUGCAGCAUGUCUUUGGGGAGCGGGUUUCCCUGCAGCAGGGUGUUGUAUAGUUGUACUAGGUGGGGUAGGAGUGUCCCGGAAUGUUUAGUAAUAUGCCCGGAUAUCCGUCCGGUCCUGGGCUUUUGUUGGGUUUGGUGGCCCCUAUCGCCGUCGCCACUUCUUGCUCUGUGAUCUCCAUGGAGAGUUGGGUGAUCACGCUAUCUGAGUGUGGGCAGGUGGGUUUGGUCUAAAAAGGUUUGGAUACGGUCCUGUAGGGUGGCGGUCCAUUGCCUAUGGUGGGGGGAGUGGUCAUACAGGUCUGCAAAGUAGUGUUGGAAUACCUCAGCUAUUUUGGUAGGUACCUCUGUAUCAUGGCCCGAUGGUGUGCAUAUGCGUGUUAUCCGCUUGGCCUGGAUGCGCUUGCGCAGCCUGCGGGCCUGGAGUGUGUCGGCUUUAUUGGACUUUUCAUAGAACUUUUGUUUUGUCCAUUGUAGAGCCCUGGUGGCAUCCACUGCCAUUGCAUUGUUGAGGGCCUGUCGUUGGUGUUGGAGUUGUGUAGUGAGGUCCGGGGUGGGGGUGACUUUAUGUAGGGAUUCAAGGUCCCUGAUAGUCGCUAGUAUUUUCUCUGUGAGCGAGGCGUCUUUUUUUUUUUUUUUUGUGUGUGCUGUGGCUAAGCUAAUAAGGGUGCCCCUGAUCACCGUUUUGUGAGCAGCCCAUAUGAUUGCGUUGGAUUGUACUUGUAACGGAUCGCCUGGCACCCCGACUGGGUACCUCCGUUAAAGGAUGCUCCUAGCGUUUCUUGAGGACUCCAAGCACUCUGGCAGACACCACAAUCACCGAACCGGAGAAACAAAUAAAUUCUCCCAAGCAUAUGCAUGCUGUAGACAGUUGAAUAGUAACCAUACGAAUAGGUUUACUCUCCUAGCAGUCAAACUGGAACAGCAUACAAUAAAUCCUUCCCCCAAUAAUGAGACCACACUUCACUUGGAGGGUUAAAACAGGAACUCCCUGUACUGUCACAUACAGUCUUUUAUUCCCAAUCCACAAACAUAGUACAGCCCACAGGGCGUUACAAAACAACCAAUCAAUCCGUACAAUACACCCAGACACUCCCACACAAAAUCCUCCCCUCUGCCUGUGAUAUGAUUACAGAAAACAAUGGGUAAUCUCAUUAUCACCGGCAGAGGAAUACAGUUUUUACACAAUAUUUAUAACUUCUAAAAUAUACAUGUCACAAACAUAAAACAUACAUUUUCAUAAUCAAUCCAUUCAGGGGAACAACAUAUUAAAAAAAUGGCACGAAUCAGACCAGGGGUUCAAAAGUUAAGGGAAAGUCCUUGGUGACUAAAUGAAGCAUGGUUUUUCUGCCCAAAACCAGUUCCACAGAGUCUUCUAUAGUGGGGAUAAUUGAGAAGUAAAUCAAUUAUCUCCAAGGACAGAGGCAAAACUCCAUUAGCCACAUGGCAGACAAAGGACAAUAAGACAUAAAAAUACAAUAAAAUAUACAUGGUUACAUUUAUUACAUAAAAUACAGACAUUCUACCUAUCCCCAGAUAGCGUAGAUCUGAGCGCACAUUAUUACCGGAUGGCACCCAGAUCACAUACAUACAGUUCAAUCGCCAUGGAGCCAAAGUCUUUCAUACAGUCUUUCAGUAUACUGCUGGGCUCCAUGGCAUAGCUAUCUGGGGUAGCAUGUCUUUAACAGUCCGCAGAAAGGCACAAACCAGCCUUUCUGCAGGGAAAAAGAACAGGGGCCAUAGUCUAAAGGCAAGAGGCGGGCAAGCAGCCCCCUCCAAGGACACGUGGCGAGGUUGGUUUCGCCACAGUACUGUAGCCUUGUUUGUGGCGAAGUAGUGUUUGAGUUCUGUUGUGAUUUGUUGUACGGUUUGUGGGUCGUGGAGUAGUGUCGGGUUAAGUCUCCAGGACCAGGGUCUAGAGAUUCGUGGGGGCUGGAACGUGAUCGCUAUCUCAGCGUGGUCGGACCACGUUAUGUUGCCUAGGGAGGUCGUUGUUAUGAGCGGAAGAAGUGACGGGGAAACCAGGAAGUAGUCUAUACGCGAGUAGGUUUGAUGUGGGUGGGAAUAAAAGGUGUAGUCUAGUGUGGAGGGGUGUUGCAGUCUCCAUAUAUCUAUCAGUUUGGUAGUGGAAAUGAAGUCUGCCAUGAGUUUGUCAUUUCUGGUCGGUGCUGGAGUCUGUGGUGGUCGUUUGAGUAUCUACCUGUGGCUCGAUCGUGGCAUUGAAGUUGGCGAAGUAGCAAGCCCGGAAGUGGCGGCUCAGGAGAGGGAAAGGGCGUGUGUCUGCAUAGUGUGUCUCCUGUAGUAGGAGUAUAUCCGCUUUGCUGCGGUUUGCCCAUCUCAUGAGUCGGUGACGUUUGGCGGGGUUAUUCAGCCCUUUACAGUUGAUUGAGAUGCACAUCAGGCUAGCUGUCAUGGUUGUGUGGUGGAGCAUGUUUCGCUAUUACCCCCCCCAGUGGUAGACGGUGUCCUGUGUGUCUAAAUGUUGUGUCCGUCAUGUUUCCUCCUGAUGAGACCAAUUCAAACCAUUGAACUAAGAUUAACAUAUAAUACCAAAUAAUACAGAAAAAAUAAAUGCCUGGUCUUAGGUUUUGUGCCAGGCCAAAUGGAGUGGGGUGUGUGGAGUCGUCCCCACCUGGGUGGGUCUCGUGACCCCCGUACUGUGCUGAGUGGUGCAUUGCACAGUGCGGUCUCUGUGUGCGUCCCGCUCUGGGCAUAGGCGGGCUGUGAUCAGUGCCCCGGGGUGGGUUCGCUCUGGGCCUUCUCUAUCGGGUCUAGUGGGUAUGUGCUGAUGGUCAAACAUAGCUGCUUUGGGUUUGGCGUUUCCUGGGGGAACCGCUAGGGAUUCCUGUCUCAUUUAAUGAGAAACGCCAAUUGAACGUACCUCCCCAGUGCCUCCCCCCCUGUCCUUUCCAUCCCGUGUAUUCCUCCUCUCCUUUCCCCCCUUUUGUCUACAGAUGCUCUAGUCCCUUACCCUUCAUCCCCCCCCCUCCCCUUUUUCCCUCGCUUUAGGCCCUUUUCAGCGCCCUGUAGUGGUGUCACCGUAUCGGUUUUGUGUCCCCUUAAACCUUAGUAAACCAUGGCUAAAGUAGCGCCAUAAAACUCGGUGUAAAAGGAUAUGGUGGUGUGCGUUCCCGCACUCAGAAGUAGAUCAAAAAGUUUGGAAGUCCCUUCAAGUCUCUUGGGAUAGUCUCUGCCGGUGAGUGGUUGAGUCCAUGGUGGACUAGUUCCAUGCCAUUCAGGUGUCCCGGUUGCGAGUCGGCACCGAUGUCUGCUGCUGGCGCUUGGGUGGUCGGUUCCGGGGUGUCCGAAGUUUUUCCCCAGAGUGGCGUCCUUUGUGGUCUGCCGUUGUUCACUGGAUUUCUGGAUUGCGCUCAUGCUUCAGGUAGGCUGAUGCCCAGUGCGGCAGCGAAGGGCGCCAUUUUUGAGGUGUCUUGAAGGACAUGGGUACUAUCAUGUUUGCGGACCAGUAGCUUGAAGGGGUGUCCCCAUCGGUAUAGUAUGUUGGCUUGUGCCAGUGCGCUGGUUAGGGGUUUGAGCUCUCUGCGUUUCAUUAAUGUGGUAGGUGAGACAUCUUGGUAAAACUGAAGAGUGAUGGCGUCAAAUUUUGGCGGGGUUUUUCGUGUGGCCGCCAUGAUGGCUUCUUUAAAGGUAAAGUAGUGGAGGCGUACUAUUACGUCUCGGGGCGCCAUUUGGUUUUGGCUAGGGGGUUUGAGGGCUCUGUGCGCCCGGUCUAUGGCGAGGUCUUGUGGCGUGGCAUUGCCUCUGGGAGAAUUGUAAGAAACGAUUCACGCAGCGUGGAGAGCAGCAUAUCAGGCAUGACUGUUUCGGGGAGGCCCCUAAUCCUUAUGUUACGCCUAGAGCGAUUUAUUUAGGUCUUCCAUACCGGUCUCUAAUUCCUCCACUUUGUUUCUCAGUGUAGUGAGCUCAGCUUGGUGCAUAUUGAGGUUUUCAAGGAGUUCAUCUCCCCUCUGCUCCACCUGUCCUGUCCUCUCCCCCAGGUCAGCCUUCAGGAGUUGUAGCUGUUUUCCGAGUUCUGCUGCCAUAUGUGUCUAUGUCUGCUGCAGCUUCUUGCAGCAGUAGUUGCAGGUCCCUCUUGGUGAUCGGUGUGGAGGCUGAGCCUGCUGCCUCACUGCGGUCAGAGGCAGAGUCUUCCUGCCGUUGUGGGGAAGAUGGCGUCUGGCCUCGUGGUUGCUGGAACAGAGGGGCCACAGAUGGCAGCUGCUCGUGCUUUUUCCGCCCCCCCCCCCCAUGUCCGCUGGUGGCUGUGGGGGUUCCGGGAUGUGUGCUGCGUCUCUGGGGGUCCGUGCACCGAGUGCGGCUGGAUAUGUGGCUGAAUGUUUAUGCAAGUCGGUGGGAGCUUUCGUUCUAUGCGGCCAUCACAGUUCGCGGUCAGGCUCCGCCCCCCCCUGCUCACAUUUAUUUUAAUGGCAAACUAAUAUAAAAGCAAGAAAGGCUAGGGGACCUGUCUUUCUUGCUUUUAUAUGUUGACUAUAGUGAAAAGGAAAUAUCUGUGGCAAGCGGGUAUAAAAUGGUUGAGAAUGGAGCCCUACAAGGCUGGAUUUGCAUUCUGCAAGUUUAUUCUAAAAUGGUCUUGCUUGUAUUAGACAUCCUACAGCUGAUUCUUAAUGCUGGAGAGAGGUCUAUAGGUAAAGCAUAAAUCCUAUAGACAAGAAUGAGAUACUCCUGAUUGGAUCAUAUCUUUCUAAAAAGAAAUGGUUCUGUCAGUAGGAGACUCUAAAGGCAAGUUAUGUCUUCCCACUGUUUAAUGUUUUUGCUAUGUAAUGCAUUCGUCUUCACUUCACCUCUAUAUCUUGCCUUGAAAAUGGGCAAAUACUAAAAACCAGGGUUCUCAUAACUGUCAUGUUUCUCAGGUAGUAUACAGCAGCAGUAUAGCAGUUCAGUGUAGUUACUGUGUGCAGUUAGAGUAACAAAGUAACAUAGAACGUGACAGCAGAUUACCAUUCGGCCCAGCUAGUCUGCCCAAUUUUCAAAAUACUUGUAUUAGUACCAGGCCUUAUCUUAUAGCUAGGAUAGCCUUAUGCCUGUCCCAUGCAUGCUUAAACUCACUUUUUUAUUAGUGAUAUUGCAGAAGGUCUUGAUGGUAAGGUAUGUAUUUUUGCUGAUGAUACUAAGAUAUGUAACAGGGUUGAUGUUCCAGGAGGGAUAAGCCAAAUGACAAAUGAUUUAGGUAAACUAGAAAAAUGGUCAGAAUUGUGGCAACUGACAUUUAAUGUGGAUAAGUGCAAGAUAAUGCAUCUUGGACGUAAAAACCCAAGGGCAGAGUACAGAAUAUUUAAUAGAGUUCUAACCUCAACAUAUGAGGAAAGGGAUUUAGGGGUGAUUAUUUCUGAUGACUUAAAGGUAGGCAGACAAUGUAAUAGAGCAGCAGGAAAUGCUAGCAGAAUGCUUGGUUGUAUAGGGAGAGGUAUUAGCAGUAGAAAGAGGGAAGUGCUCAUGCCAUUGUACAGAACACUGGUGAGACCUCACUUGGAGUAUUGUACACAGUACUGGAGACCGUAUCUUCAGAAGGAUAUUGAUACCUUAGAGAGGGUUCAGAGAAGGGCUACUAAACUGGUUCAUGGAUUGCGGGAUAAAACUUACCAGGAAAGGUUAAAGGAUCUUAACAUGUAUAGCUUGGAGGAAAGACGAGACAGGGGGGAUAUGAUAGAAACAUUUAAAUAUAUAAAGGGAAUCAACACAGUAAAGGAGGAGACUAUAUUUAAAAGAAGAAAAACUACCACAACAAGAGGACAUAGUCUUAAAUUAGAGGGACAAAGGUUUAAAAAUAAUAUCAGGAAGUAUUACUUUACUGAGAGGGUAGUGGAUGCAUGGAAUAGCCUUCCAGCUGAAGUGGUAGAGGUUAACACAGUAAAGGAGUUUAAGCAUGCGUGGGAUAGGCAUAAGGCUAUCCUAACUAUAAGAUAAGGCUAGGGACUAAUGAAAGUAUUUAGAAAAUUGGGCAGACUAGAUGGGCCGAAUGGUUCUUAUCUGCCGUCACAUUCUGUGUUUCUAUGUUUCUAUGUUCUCACUGUGUUAACCUCUACCACUUCAACUGGAAGGCUGUACCCUCUCAGUAAAGUAAUACCUUCUGAUAUUAUUUUUUUGCAGUGCGUAAGAGAUAACAAGCGUGCAUGGGGUACACCAACGGCAUUCCUCAUGCUUCACAAACUUUUAGAACAGUGGAGUAUAAGUUAAUCCUUGCACAAUUUUGUAGUUAAUAGGUGAGGUAUUAGUCGCAGGUAGUAUCUGUGGAUCGAAGCUUAUAGUAAGGCAUUCACAAGACAUGUAUGGGUUCAGACACUUAAUGGUUAAUGCUAAUCAAGAAUUCAAAACCGGCUAAAUCAACUGCGAGGGGCCAAUAUAUAUUUUCCUGUCGCUUACUAGGUCUGAGCAGGCCACUCGUGGGUCUAUAUAUUACAGUAGUCUAGAGCCGCCGCGAGGUAACAAUAUUACAAAGAUAAGACCUAUUGCUGGCCUGUCAACUUUAGCCCCCCAGGAGGUCCCCUUGGAAAGGUGAAGAAAGGCAUUAAUAAUCUAGAGCUUAGAAAGGGAUGUUGGCUAUCAGGGCUGUUGGUAUAAUCGUAUGACAAGGUAAAUAAUGGGAAACAAACAUAGCACGUAAGGGAAAAUAGUUGGUCAUUAGUCACCAAGAGUUUCCACUGGUCAGUUCGGCUUAGCCUUUGCCUUCAAGGGGCAGUGCACAGUCCAGCCUUGGGGAGAAGUCUUUUUGGGGCCUUCCUUGUUGCUGGAGCUCCGGGCUGCUGCUGCUGGGUAGGAAUCCUGAGUUUAGUCUGUUGCUGUGGGGCCUCUUGGUGCAUCUGUCGAUGCUUUGGGGCCAAGUCCCUGUUGGCUUUCUGCCCAGGUUCAAACCUCUCGGUCAAACUGGCUGUUCACGCGCGUGGUGGCCAUCUUGCGGCCCUCCUGUGGGGUGCUGUCCAGUGGAAAUUGCGCGCCAGGGCAGUUGCUCAGGCCACCCCCCCCGUUGUGGGUCAAUAUUCCCGGUUGGCCUUCAGCUAGCUCCGAUUUUCAGAUCCCGGAGCGGGAGCUCAGACAGCACGUCUGAUCCCGCCGGCGGACAGGCCCCGCCCCCCCGAUAUUAUUUUUAAACCUUUGCCACUCUAAUUUAAGACUGUCCUCUUGUUAUAGUUAUUCUUCUUUUAAAUAGUCUCCUCCUUUACCCUGAUUCCCUUUAUAUAUUUAAAUAUUUCUAUCAUAUCCCCCCUGUCUUGUCUUUCCUCUAAGCUAUAAAUGUUAAGAUCCUUAAACCUUUCCUGGUAAGUUUAUUUAUUUUUAUACUGUAAUCCGUGAACCAGUUUAGUAGCCCUUCUCGGAGCUCUCUAAAGUAUCAAUAUCCUUCUUUUUUGGACUUGGUUUUUAAAAAAAAAAGAAGAAAAAAAUUUUGGUACCUUUUUAAUUAUUACAAUAUCAAUAAACUGGCUUGUGCGUCCCUUUUGUUCUCUUGAUUCCUAUAUCAUGCUGAUUAAAAAUAAUCCAUUUCGGGGGGCGUGGCCAGGUGCCGGAGCUGAAUGGACGCACACUCCUGAAGCUCCCGCGGGUUUCGGCACUUUGGAGCAAAAUAAGCGACCUAACGAGCACUAACCAUCACUCCUCGCUCCACCAUGUCACAGAGGCAGAAGGGCAAGGCCGCCAAAUCGGACCGGGAGUCCUUCUUUCUGGCGAGAACCGCCAAAACAAAAGCGUGGGACGGACGCGGCCUGACCAAAGAUGGCGCCGCGCGAGACUCACGAGACGGCUCAGUGUCACCGCCAGCUUCACCAUCCUCAGCGGCAGACGACUGACCCCUAACGAUCGGCACCAUGCGGCUUAUGUUUGCUGAGCUCUCAGACAAGCUGCAGAAUAGCAUGAAAACCCAAUUGCAAACCUUGGCAGCAGACCUCCAUAAGGAUAUCACUGAGGUAGGCCAGCGCACCUCCCACUUAGAACAUAAGAUGGAUGAAUUUGCAGUGGCCCAUAAUAGCCUAGCUGACAGGGUGCAGGGCUUUGAGAACUCCCUCACUAGCUACCAACUUAAACUAGCAGACAGAUCCAGGAGAAACAAUAUACGUAUAAGGGGUAUUCCAGAGACAGUUGCCCCAAAAGAAUUAGAAAACUACCUGACGAAUCUGUUCCAAGCCCUCACUCACACAAUACACCCGGAUCAGCUUAUAGUGGAUCGGGCACACAGGCUAAGACGCCCAAAGCACCUCCCUCCAACCACCGAGAGAGAUGUCAUUGCCAGAGUGCAUUUCUACCACACCAAAGAGCAGCUGAUGAAAGCCAGUAGGGCCUCAGGCUUGCCAGACCCCUACAGCCGAAUCAAACUCUUUGCAGACUUAUCUGCAGCGAUGCUACAAUUCAGGAAGAACCUAACCCCAGUGACAACCACACUGAGAGACCACAACAUCGCUUACCGAUGGGGUUACCCCGCCAAGCUCCUGAUUCACUACAGAGAUGCCCUACACGCCAUUCCGACGCUGGAACUAGGAAUCGCCAAGCUACAAUCCUGGGGCCUCCAAAUGCCUGAGGUGCACCGACAUCUCCCUUCCAAGGUCCCAAGACUUUCCCCGGAGUGGACUGUGAACUGAUACAUGAGGGGAAUGCCAUCUCCAAGGACUGCGGUAAAAUCUUUGACCUCUUAAGUGGUCACCCACCUCCCCUCAGUGUAUUACAAUGCAUAUUUUGGUUUAAAUGUUGUUCAGAUGUUUGGUUAUGAACUCAUGGGGGUGCUGACGCCCCUUCCCCCCCCCCCCACCCCCCACAGUUCAUGGGUAGCACUCUUCCAUGUGUUCCAUAUAUUGAACCUCCUGCCGGUGCAGAUGAGACUCGGGGAGUACUGUGAGCUCACCCUCCUCCCCCACACUGCCCGAAGCUUUAAAGGAGGUACAACCCCUCAUGCCUACUACUCACCUUCCAUCUUUAGCAUGGCAACGCUCCUUGCCGCCACCACUGUGAGCCGCCACCACCUCAAAGAGGACGCUCACCCCCAUGACCCCAACUACAUGCGCCCGAGCUCUCCUCGGGGCAUUUUGGCUUCCUAGCUGGAAGCAAGAUAGGGCUGGUUGCCCACGUGUUUGUCUCCCCCCCCUAGUUACCCCCCUGUUUAUCCCCUCCCACCCAAACAUACUCGGGGCCACCAACGGGUCCCCCUCGAAACCCACCCUCCAGGAAAACUAUACAUCGCAGCCUCUACCAAUACGCCUAUUUGACCGUACUGUGCCCAGCACUGCUUUAGUAGCAAACAUAGGUAUUACUACCAUUAGAGUACCUGCCCACAAAAUACUUAAGUAUGAAACUAGUCUCAUAUAAUGUGAAUGGCUUGAACUCCCCAGGCAAGCGCAGACUCCUUCUUAAAGACCUUACAACCAAUGGUAUAGACGUAGCUUGCAUACAAGACCUUACAACCAAUGGUAUAGACGUAGCUUGCAUACAAGAGACCCAUUUCAAGCGUACCCACUCCCCAGCUAUCUUUACUAGACAAUUCCCCAUGCAAGUUCACUCUCUAUCUGCCACAAAAUCCAAGGGAGUAUCGAUCUUUAUCCACAAAGAUGUAGCCUACACUCCACAACGACAGUACAUAGACCCAGAGGGAGAUAUGUUAUACUGGUGGGCCGUUUCAACGAUGCACAACUGACGCUGGUGGCAGCGUACCUGCCCAACGACCGACCACGCCACUUUCUAUCUUCCCUCCUGCGCAAAAUCGAAGAUUAUAGGAUAGGGGACCUGAUACUCUGUGGAGACUUUAACUGCAUACAAUCGCUAGGGCUAGACACUACUGCAACCCCCACGGGCGCAAACAAACGGAGACUAGACACAUCGUGUAAAGCACUCUCCAAACUCCUUGACCAAUACGACUUAUAAGACGCCUGGAGGACCAUGCACCCGACAGACAGGGAUUACACUUUUCACUCCAGAGUCCACAAUACAUACACGCGCAUAGACACCUUUCUCCUACACAGGACACUACUGCCGCAACUCAUGCAGUGCACCAUAGGGGAAAUAUCCUGGUCAGACCACGGUCCCGUCUAUCUAAACUUACUAGACACUUUCCAAUUUCGGGGCCGGGGGUCCUGGCGCCUAAACAAUUCGAUGCUGUCCAAUGCACCCUUUGCGGAACACAUAAGAGAAGAACUCCAAGCAUACUUUGCGCUGAACGCGACAGGUGAGGUCUCAGACUACACGGUUUGGUCGGCGCAUAAAGCAGUAGUACGGGGGCUUUUCUUGAGACGAGCCGCCUUCCUAAAGAAGCAAAAUACGUCCGGCCUCCUUGAUUGCCAUAGGCAAAUAGCUAUAAUCUCUAGGCAGAACAAAUCUAAGCCCACCCCUGACCUAGCGAAACAGCUCAGAGUGCUUUACGCACGAAUGCAAGAGCUGAAUACAGAAAAAAACAAGCGCAUGCUCCACAAACUGAGAGCCAAUGUAUACCACAAUAGUGGGAAAGCCACUAAAUACUUAGCCGCCAGGCUACGAAAUAAAUGCUCUAGCUCCAAGAUAGCCUAGGUGGUUUAAGGUGACGGACUAAAGAAGGUUACCCCCAUGGAUAUUAGCCAGGAAUUCGCUCAUUUCUACUCUAAACUUUACAACCUAAAGGAGGAGGGCAGCACUCACAAUGCUAGCUUAGACGACAUAACCCAAUUUUUAACCCAAGCCAAACUCCCCCAAAUAACGAGCGCACAGGCAGAAGCACUAAUCAGGCCCAUUGAGCUCACAGAGGUGCUUGAAACGAUCGCCAAAUUGCCACAAGGGAAGUCACCAGGAGCAGAUGGGCUCCCAAACGCCUACUAUAAAAAAUUUGCGCAUGUCCUGGGCCCCCACCUGCUAAAAGUGUACCGUAGGGCAACUGCCACGGGCGCGCUCCCACCAGAGAUGCUCCGGGCUACCAUAGUAACCAUCCCGAAACCCGAUAAACCCCCGGACACCUGUAAAAAUUACCGCCCUAUAUCGCUUCUAAACACAGAUGCAAAGAUCUAUGCGAAGAUCCUAACGAAUAGACUAAAUAGGGUCCUGCCAUCCCUUAUUGGGGAUGACCAGACAGGGUUCAUACAAGGAAGACAGGGAACAGAUAAUACCAGGAAACUGUCGCUGAUCCUGGAUUACCUCAGGGGGACCAGAGGAGGCGGUCUAUUACUGGCACUCGACGCCGAAAAAGCUUUUGACCGCCUCAGCUGGCCCUUCCUGCAACAAGCUUUGAGAGCCUAUGGGUUCCCCCCCCAGAUUGAGUAACACAUUUUUGCUCUGUAUGCGGGUCCGACAGCCCAGGUACUACAGGCAGGCUUUAUGUCUGACCCGUUUCAGUUGUCCAAUGGAACGAGGCAGGGGUGCCCCCUAUCCCCCCUGCUGUACGUGCUGGCGUUAGAACCCCUCCUGCAAACCAUCCGAAACCACCCAGACGUCAAAGGGAUCCAAAUCAAGGGAACAGAUUAUAAAGUUAGCGCCUUCGCGGAUGAUAUCCUCCUUUGUCACCGAUCCCAUGACCACGAUCCCUGUAAUUAUGCACAUCAUCAAGAAAUAUGGCCAAUGCUCCUACUACGCACUGAACACCACAAAAACCCAAGCCCUGGGAAUUGGCCUACCCCCCCAAGUGACGGAAACACUACGCAUGACAUACCCUUUUGAAUGGAGGCGGGAUAACAUCAAAUACCUAGGUAUUAUGUUCUCCAGACGCCGCGCUGAUCUGAGCGCAGCCAACUAUAUCAGGGUCUGGACAGAGUGUAAACAAACCCUGACAAAAUGGGGAUCCCUCUUCCUGACUUGGACUGAGAGAAUUGUGGCGAUUAAGAUGUCCAUACUCCCCAGGUUACAAUACAUGUUUCGGAACCUCCCAUUACCAAUGCCACAAUCCUAUUUUAAAGCGAUAGAGCGAUAUCACCAACUUCAUCUGGAACAAGGGUAAACCCCGCAUCUCAAUGAAGCUCCUACGAGCCCCAGCUAGAGCAGGAGGCUUAGCAGUCCCUGACGUGCGUACCUACUACCACGCAUCCAUAUUAGCAGCAGCCAUUCCCCAUUUUGUUGACCAAAGCCCCCCGCAAUGGGUCAGGCUUGAGAAGCUCAUGAUGACUCCGUAUGACAUCACCCACAUACUAUGGCUCCCGCAACAGCUUCGCCCCCCCCCCCUAAAAGAUAUCCCUCCCCAACUCGCCCUACUCAUACGAGUCUGGGACACCCACAGACGUAAACGGACCUACAGAUGCCCUCUGCCCCUAGCCACACCGACAGCGGCUCUUACAUACUGCAUUCCCACCUUCUACGCUAAACUGUGGCAGGAGAAGGGGCUCCAGCACUUAGGCCAAUUUCACGCUAACUCAAAGCUCCUAGACUUUCACACCCUACACUCACUCCACGGUGUCCCCCUGACAUCUCAAUUUUCCUACAGACAACUUCAUUCUUUACUGCACAAACAAGCUACACAGGUACCGCCCAGCCAAACAGCCACCGACCAACUUACAACAUGGGAAAAAAUGUGUAUAAAUAAAAAACUACCCCCACUAUGUAAGCCAAUCUCCACGUGUUACCAACUGCUACUAGACUUCACACCUCUCUGAGGCCACGCCAGCUAGACAAUGGGCAGAAGAUCUGGCCAUUGAGCUCACACACAGAGUGGAACACUAUAUCCACCACACCCAAAACCCUCCUUAAAUCAGCACCGUUACUGGAACAGAACAAAAAAAUGAUUUACAGAUGGUACAUGGUCCCGGAGCGGCUUUCUAAAAUGUACCCCGCCGCUUCAUCCACCUGCUGGAGAUGUCGGGAACACACCGGAUCAGUUUUACAUAUCUGGUGGACGUGCUCACUGAUAAAACCCUUUUGGGAAGCAGUGCACUCCUUCUUACAAGACCUCACGAAACUUAAACUGCCCCUUGACCUGCUCACGUACCUGCUACUACACACUCCCCCCCCCCACACCCCUAAGUACCUCCAAAAACGAAUUUUCCACACAACACUAACGGCUCAACGCCUUAUAGCGCGGGCCUGGAAAUCCCCAACCACUCCUAAGAUACAAAACGUACUCUCAGAAAUAGCUGAGCAGAGGCUCUAUGAGCGUUGCUUCACGAAUAUAUGCCCACCCACCCGUACAGGGACGACAGCAUGGGAUGUGUGGGACGCGUGGAGAUUGGCAAACCCUGAGUAAGGUGAUUCAUUCCUGUACCAUAGCAACAUGUAUGCAUUGUAUUGACACACUGUGUUCGCAAAGCAAAAGAGCAUCGGAUUAGGCUACGCAUGGGGAAGUAUACUCCAAGUUACACAGAUCUCCCCAGCCCAUGUGUGGGCGCAUUGACUAGAAUUACACUAAACAAUUUUGUGCGGCUUACUUUUAACAACAAUGUUAUUAACACCACUGUCCAAACAUUACUGUUUUACCAAGCUACUAUGCUACUACGCUAUGUCGCCUUGUACCGAGUGUCAUAUACUGUAACACGGAAACCCCCCCCCCCUCCCUCUUCUCUUCUGUACCCCCCCUCCCUCUUCUCUUCUGUACCCCCCCCCCCCUGUUCUUAUUAACAAUAAAAAUUGUCAAAUUGAAAAAAAAAAAAAAUAAUCCAUUUCAAUGCUUAAAAAUUUACCAGUGACCAUAAAAAAACAAGCUUUGUAGCACUGGCUUGAAUAGCAGGUUUUCAUCAAAUUUUAAAGGCUUGAAAACCUAAUAUAAAGUUUUUUCCCCCAUCCCACAUUUUAAUCCACAAAGCUGAGCAUUCUUAUAAGAGUCAACCUGCAGAGCUAUGUGUUCCCUAGUCCUACCUAUUAACUUUAUUUCAGGUGGAUUACAUGAAUAACAAUAGUUCAGUAAAUAAUUCCCCUAAAUGCAAACAGCAGGGUGAUUUGACAUCUAGUAUUGGUUAAAAGCAAGACAAUCCUAUUCUAGUUAAUGAACAAAUAUAAAAAACAAAAUGUGAAACUAUCUGACUCUUAAAUCUCAAUCUGUUUCAUUGAUUAAGGAUGGCACCAUGAAAAGAGAGAUGAUUUGGAUGAAGUCUCGAGUACACGAAGUGAAGGAAGUGGUGUCAGAGGAUUCUCAAGGUUCAGAGGUCGAGGGAGAGGAAGAGGCCGUGGAAGAGGAAGGCCAUACUGUAGGUUUCUUUUUAGCUUUACAUCACAAGCACAUAGUUAUCAGUUCAUACAUUUUGCUGUCGAAAGACAUGCAAAGUGGAAAUAUUUUGGUUUUUCAUCCAAUUAGUCAUUUUAAAUAUCUAAUGUGACUUCACGACUAUGUAAUCAAACUUGUAGGGCUGCAGUCAUCUAAAACAUCUAACUCUGGUAGAUCAAGUUGAUUCCUGUGUCUGUCGCCAUGCUUGCGUUCUAGUCUCCCCAAUGCUUCCCUGUAGGGAAGCAUUUGUUUGGCUGAAAUCAUAGACUGAUCUUGGCGAGGAAGUCCGUUUCAGCACAGAGAAAGCAUGCCAUGUGAUGCAAGUAACUUGCCUUUUAAUCCAUUGCAAGGUGCAAUGGAUGCCUUCAUAGGCCGAACACUGUAGCAUUAGGAAUAAAUGUUAUUAAUAAGGGACACUCCAAGCGUGUGUGUGUGUGUUGCUUUGUUGGAGGAACAGCUCUUAAUCGGUUUUCAAAAUGAUUUCUAUUUGAAAUUGUAACUUUAGAAUUUAUUUCAUAAACACCAUCCUGGCUGUCUAUUGGGCAUUUGUUUCUGGUUUUACACAUACCCUCAAUGAAAGUGCAACAAUAAAUGUAUGAAAAGGCAUUAGUAUGGUGGCUAGUUGAGUGCAGAAGCAGCCGACAAAGCUCUGUAGCCCUGGAUGUCUUAAGUUGGAGACGACGGGGGCAUAUUGGUUGGGGGUGUCUCUUAUUCCCCCCCACUGUCCCCCCACAAGGCUGGAUUUGCUUUGUGCAAGUUUAAUCUAAAAGGGCCUUGCUUGUAUUAGACAUCCUACAGCAGAACUGCUGAUUCUUAAUACUGAACAGAGGCCUAUAGGUAAAGGCCCCUCCUGCCCCGCAUUAAAUACCUAGCUGUACAACAUGUGCUUGUUUCUGGCUUUUUUUAUUGAGAUCCUAGGGAGAAUUUUUUUACGUAUAUCUAUCUUAGUGUAGACGCUGUAAAUGAUUUCUUUUGUGGUUAAGCCCCAGAUUUUUGUUACUUAGCUAUGCCCCUACAUGCCUGUCACUCUAUUAAAGUGUGAAAAGAGAAAAAAUCCCAUUGGAAUGUUUCUUUUAAAAAAUCUGUAUUACAUGAACUGUACGACAAGUUUCUUUAGCUAAGAUACUAUUCUUUAUGUCCAGCCACAGAUCUGUCCCAGCUGUGCUGGUUAUUGUACGAACAGAGGUUUCUCAUUGAAAUACGUUGACCAGUUGUGAAAACAUGCUUUGUCCGCAAUCAUACAGUUCUCUGAGCUGUAACUAUAAUGCAAAGUGAGCAUGUCAGAAAACUUCAGAUUGCCUGAAGGUGUGGAAAGUUGUUGUGGUUGUUUUUUUUUUUUUUUUUUUUUAGGUUUUCUAUAAUUAUAAUUCAGGUUUGUUUAGAAACAACACUGUCUAUUUCAGAGGAAAUUUAAAGGGAUACUCUAAGCACCAAAACAACUUUAGCUGAAUGAAGCGUUUUGUUGCGUAGAUCAUGCCCCUGCAGUCUCACGACUCAAUUCUUUGACAUUGCUACUAACCGAGCAGGACAUAAGGAAUUCUGAACAGGAAAAAACACACUAUGCCAUAAGAUGUUUAGACAAUAUCAUGAUUUUUAACAAAAGUGAAAAUCUAAAGUCCAUUUCAAAUGUUAGGCCAAAGUAGCCAAAUUGGAAACCUUUUCUAUGUCAGGUAUUCAGCUACGUUGGCCUUCAAUAUGAAAUUCACUUUGAAUUCACACUCUAGUGUAUAUUGCUGCUGAUCUAUUUCCUAGCAACAACUUCCCUUCAUGUGACCUACACAAAGUGAUUUAACGCCUAAAUGGAAUAAAGUUAAGAGAUUAGACUGCAGGGGUAUGAUCUAUAUGCCAAAUCACUAAAUUAAGAAACUUGUUUUGGUGUUUAGUGUUCCUUUAAUCAAUAAAGCCAGUCCCGAAGCCAGAGUUGGUUCCUUUUUUUAAUUGAAUACUACAACUCUAGGUUUAGGAAAUCCUAACCAGUCCAUUUUAUCUGUAAUCACUAUAUGAUUUAUUUUUUCUUGUAAUACAAAACACUAACAUAUUGAACCAAAAUUAACGAAUACAUUGGUAAAUCAAAGUGUUUACCUCUCAAUCAAAUUUAUAUAGAUAAGUGAUACAGUGGCUUCCUUACAUCCUGUUGAUCUGCUUGAAUUCUAUGACUUGUUGCUGUGUGUAAAUUUAUUUUUCUCUUUGCAUAAGUAGUCCUGCAUGUUCCAUACAGAUUUUGAUAUUUACCAGACUCCUUAAUGGUUUUCUCCCCAAAUAGUUCGCUCUGGAUAUUCGUAUGGGGCAGAGGGUUACCAUGAACAUAAUGCUUCUUACCAGUUUGGGCUUGAAAGUUCCAACAACAUGAUGUAUUAUUAUGAUGAUGGGAAAAGGGUUCAUGUGUAUUCAGUCGAUGAAACCUUACUUAAGGAAUACCUUAAACGCCAGAUGUAAGUAUUUUAUAUUCGUUCCAGUCUGCAGUGGUCAAUCAUUCUUGUAUAGAAUCCUAUGGAUCAGCAUACCAUCAUUAAUUUAAUUCUGCUUUAUUAAUUUAUUUUAGCGAGUAUUACUUCAGCUUGGAGAAUCUGGAAAAAGACUUCUUCCUCAGGAGAAAAAUGGAUCCUCAGGGCUUUUUGCCCAUUUGCCUUAUUGCCAGCUUUCAUAGAGUGCAAUCACUGACCAUGGAUGUUAAUAUGAUUUGUGAAGUAAUGUCCUAGUACUUUAAUUUUAUUUCUAUUUUUUGUACAUGUGUUUUUUUUUUUUUAAAGGAACACUAGUGUCUGGAAUAAAAAACUGUGUUCCUAGCAGUAUAGUAUCCCUCUGACCCCAUGCACCCAAAACAACAAUGAGUGUUAAACACUUGCAUUAUUCGGCACUGGGUCCAGCUCUGCCUCCUCAGACGUCAGCGCAAGGCAGAACCUAAUGCGCAUGUGAGACGAGUGAGCUUUUGGCCUCCCCAUAGGAAAGCAUUAAAUCAAUGCUUUCCUAUGGGGAUUUGCAAGAUGCUGGACAUCAUGCACAGCAUUAAGGCCUGUUUCUUGGCUAGAUGACACUUACAUGAUGAGGAUUAAAAGUAGGGAUCGACCGAUUAUCGGUCUGGCCAAUAUCGGCCGAUAUUCUGUAUUUUCGGCAAGAUCGGUAUGCCAAUAAAGAUAUUGCAUACCAGGACCACCAGGCCCGUUACAAGCUCUUACCUUCCAAGCAGCUCCCUUCAGCUCUCCUGUGUAAAUCUCGCGAGUUCCACUGCUCCACACGCAGGCCGUGAGAUUUACACAGGGGAGCUAAAGGGAGCUGCUGGAAAGGUAAGAGCUUGCUGCUGCCCCUCACUGUACAGUCCAUGCCACCAGAUCACCAGGAAAUGCCAUAGCCCCCCUCUCUGGUAAAAAGCAGGGAGGGGAUCACUAAAAAAUAAAACAUUUAAAUAUUUAAAAAAUAAAAUAAAUGCCCCCCAUUUUACACAAUUUACAUUCCUACAAAAACACACACACACACGCGCACAAACACACACAGCUCCCCUGUCUAAACGCACUGCAUCCACUACACGUGGCAUGUAUAUUUUGUGCAUUUACCUUUAGAAAUAGUUAAAUUUUUUAGAUUAUCGGUAUCUGCUCUAAAAAAAUCAAUAUCGGUCGAUCCCUAGUUAAAAGUACCAAAAACAAAACACUUCUUAAACCUCUACAGCAAACCUAAAAUCCAGAAUGUAAUUAUAAGGCUUACAAUAUGGAUAAAGCAGGAUUUAUUUUUAUCUGUGUUUAUUUUUAAUGAUGCAACCAAACGUUCCCAACUUUAUUAUUGUAUUAAAAAUUCAGUUUUCUUGUAUUAAUAUAAUGCAUACCCCCAUUUUUUUUAUGGUCUAUAUUUUCAUAGUAUAGUCAGUCAUACUGCGGGUUGCAUGAAGUUAUGAAUUGUGCGACUCAUGUUUGUUGCAGGCUUUAAAAGAUAGUACAGAAGUGGAAAUAGUAGAUCAAAUGAUAAGGAAAAGGGUGGAUCCAGAAAAAUGGCCUAUACCUGGUACUCCAACACUCGACUCUACACACACAGACUUUUCUAGACUUCUCAACUGUCCAGAGUUCAUUCCUGGAAAGGCUCUCAAGUUUCAGACAGGUAGGUGGGUCUGGCAUUGUCCCUUGAGAUGAUGAUCACAUUUCCCAUGUCAAGAUGGUUUACUUCUUUUUCCCUCACCGCAGUUUAUUUAAUUUGUAUUUUUUUCCCCAUGGCUGAGCUCCUUUUGAUAUCAGUUUUAUCUCAGCCAAUCCAAUGUUUUCCCUUAGAAAAGCAAUAUCUGGAUAGUGUGCAUGCAUGGCAAAAUGCCACUGUGCCAAUCAACUCUGAUAACUAGCUGGGUGGAAGUUGGUCACUAGAGGUGUUAACCCUGCAGUGUAAACCUGGUCAUUCAUACAAAACUGUGGUUUUCAGUUGUAGUUAUAAAACUAUGGCAUGGCACCCAGACCACUCCAUUAAGAUGAUGUGGUUUGGGUUCCUAUAGAGUCCCUUUAAGUUGCAAGUUAUCAAUUAAGCUCUUAAUAGAGCAGAGAGAGGUUAGUUUCCAUGUUAACAAUGUUUUGUAAUGCUUUCUGAUAAAUAUCACACGUUUCCCACAAGUAUGUUUUAGAAAUAAAUUUAAAAAGAACAAUCCACUAAAACUUGUGCCCUUUUGUCUGAAAAAAGCCACGGAAGAACGGUUGGUGAGUUGGUUUGCCACUUCUAUGCCAGCUCUUUGCCAUGUUGGUCACAUUGGAGGGUGCUUGAGUUGACUCUGAAAACUUUCCAUAUACAGGUUAGCCAGCUGUAGCGUCUGAUUUCCUGGCUUCUAGUAUGCACACUCUGCUUGUAAGUUUCACUUUACAUUCACUAAUGCAUUGCUUACUUUGUUUUCCUAGAAACCAAACAGAAUUCCCAGCGGAAAGGAAAUGCUGUAGCUCCAGUUGGAGCAAAAGAGCCAAGCAACUUACGAACAAUGUCUAAAGGCCUAUCGGCAAGUUUACCAGAGCUGGAUUCUGAGCCAUGGAUAGAGGUUAAAAGAAGACAUCGUGGAAGUUCUGUCAAACCAAAAGUAAUACAUUGAGAGGCUUUUUCCCCAUCCCCCUUGUUAAAAAUUAUAUAAAUUUUAAUUUUUUUGGACUAUCUGGCAUAUUCUGAUGAAUAAAGUCUCUGCUAUCUUUGAGGAAAGAAAAAUAAGCCCAUGAUAGGAUCAUAUGCAACACCAUGAUGUUUCAAAUUGACUUUGGCCUUUCAUCUUAAAACAAAGCAAACUUAUUUUGUAUCUAUAGGAGAACCAAUUUAUUUUGGCCAGCCAACUUAAAUACGCAUGCUCAGAUUGAGUCAACCUUUUUAAGAAGAAAAUUUGGCCAUAGUAUGACAAAAUGUGGAAAUGAAAAUGGAAGGGGUGGUGGGGUAAGGGGGAGGAAGGAAGGGGAGGAGUAGUAGAUUGUUUUAAUCUGUAUUUUUGAGAGGGGGCAAUAAUGGCAAUUUUGGAAAGAUCUGAAGAAUUUUAGAGGUGAUCAAUUUAUACUGGAGUAUUAAACUUAUAUUUGUAGUAGUUGUCAGUGUAAAAUUACUUUUUCAUUGGUGUGAAACUUUAGAUCUCCUUUUCUGUUAAAUUUGCCAAACCUUAUUUUACUGCAUUAUUGUUAAUUAAGAGGUUUUUUUUUUUUAAUUUAAUUUAGUUGUUUAAAGGACCACUAUAGUGCCGGGGGAAAAAGUUUUCCCAACUCUAUAGGGUCAUUAGGCCCCCCUCCCGCUGGGCUGAAGGGGUUAAAACCCAUUCAGCCACUUGUUUCUCCAGCGCCCGGCUCCCUCUGCGCUGGGGAACUCUCCACCCCUGCCGACGGCUGCUCUGAAUGCGCAACAAGAGCUGCGUGUGCAUUCAAACCGCCCAUAUGAAAGCAUUACUCAAUGCUCUCCUAUGGACAUCCAGCGUCUUCUCACUGAUUUUCAGUGAGCAUCGCGGAAGCGCAUCUAGCGGCUGUCUGUGAGACCGCCACUAAAGGCUGGAUUAACCCUCAGAGAUACUGAAACUGCUAUGUUUUCAGCUGCAGGGUUAAAACUAGAGGGACCUGGCACCCAGACCACUUCAUUGAGCUGAAGUGGUACUUUAAAACCAAGUUUGGAAAUGGGUGUUUUAAAUAUCUUGGAUAUGCAACAGUUUUUGCACACUCCCUCUUUCAACGAGCCUUGUAAAGAGUGAUGAAGUGGUCUCCCUAAGAAACGGUUAGGAAACCCUUUGAACCUUUUCAAGUCCAAAAAAUGAAAUCUGUGGUGUCUUAAUGGUUUACUUUGGAUUUUUUAAAAUUUAAUUUCUUAUCCUUUUUCUCAAUGCAGAAUGUGAUAAAAUCCCCUUCAGUAACCCCAAAACCCACAGAAGCUCAAGAACCAGAGCCAGAAGAACUGGAUUUCAUGUUUGAUGAAGAGAUGGAGCAUAUGCAAGGUCGCAAAAACACCUUCACUGACUGGUCUGAUGACUCGGAUUAUGAAAUUGAUGAUAAAGACCUUGACAAAAUCAUAAUCGUGACACAAACUCCUCCUCACCUGAAAAAGCAUCCUAGCGGAGACCGUACAGGCAAUCAUGUUUCUCGUGCAAAAAUGACAUCUGAGCUUGCAAAGGUUAUUAAUGACGGUCUGUAUUAUUACGAACAGGACCUGUGGAUGACUGAAGGUGGUCAGGACUAUCUAACUUCAAAGGUAUAUUUCAGUGUGCAUAACUGUGGUACUAAUUUCUUAUUUCCCCCCUAAAACUAAAGCAAAGGCCUAGUCACUUGAGUGACUUUAGGUUAUGGUAUUUUGCAAGUAACAAAUGAAAGUUGACUGUGUGAAACUAGUCUGGCUAUUUAGGUUAAAUUUGCAAACCAUAUGGCAACCAAAUCGAUCUAAAGGAACACACGAAGCACUAUAACCAAGCAUGCUGUAGUGGUUAUGGUGAAACCUAGGGACUAAAAUGAUCUGUUUUUUAUGAACCAAACUUGUGAAGUGAGAGCCACUUUAUCUACUUCCUUGAUGGCAUUCAGAGGAGUUGCAUACCUAGCCUAAAGCCACUCUAGUGAUACUCCACUUGCCCUGGCUCUGAUAGCCCAGCUCUUAGGUUACACUUUGGAUAGCAACCUCUAUCUUCACAUUAACUGCACAUCUUUCAUACCUUCCAUUCUUUUUAAUCAACAGGAAAUAGAAAACUUUAGAAAAUUGAACCUGAUCAGCAAAGAGGAAUUUCAGCAUUUUUCCCCAAGCCCCCAGUUUGAGCAGAAUCUUGAGCAAUCUCCACCCAACAUACCUAACUUCCAGCAAGGUACUUUACUUGCAGCCAUUACCACAGUGUUUUUGUGUUCUGUGGGGCACUUCUGUGUUUUUUGUUAAAAUUAAAGAUUUGUGUGUGCAAAAACAUAUUAAUGAGGCCAAAAUUAAAUGCAUUGGUUGUAUUGGUGUCUGGAGUGACUUUAAAUUACCUCACUGCAGGAUUGGUUGUAUUUUUAAGCUGGCAGUGUGUUCUUAACAUACAACAUGUAGAGGUUUUUAUGAUGCCCAGAAACUUUCUGUAGCCUUGUUGGCUUCAUACAACCUUUUGGUGCUAUAUUUGGUAUGUUUGUAUUUUGUCUUAUCUCAGAUGUUCCAGAGGUGUCAAGAGACUGUCCAGCAAGGACCCCAAAAACUCCUCGUACACCACGCCUUCAGGAUCCCAGCAAAACACCUAGAUUUUACCCUGUAGUAAAAGAACCACAGUCUAUUGAUGUACAGGUAAAACAAUAUGUGAUUUACGAACACUCUCUACAUUUUAUUAGAUAUAUCCCCCCCCCAAAAAAAUAUUUAAUUCAUAUUCUUGGCUUUCAGUUGAAUCUACCUACAGCUACUGUAUGUUCUCCCUUUUUGUCCAUUAAACAUAAACUUUCCCAUCUGUUUUGGACAUUGUGCACUCAAGGAAUUCUUCUUACAAUGCUGUUCAAUGAGAUUUCACAUGCAUGUGAUGGGUCAAUCAAUUUGGUGCCUUGACUGUUCCCUUAAAGUGUUUUUGUUUUUGUUUUUUUAAUUUUAUAUUUUUAAAGAAAAGUUUGCAGGGGUUUUAUUCUUGUCAAGUGGACACUUAUUACAUUGUCUACAUUUUCUUACAGGAGAAAAUGAGUAUUGGGUCAGUCGUGGUUGGUGGGGGGAGAUAUUUUAGGGCAGGUGUCGGCAACCUUUGGCACUGACAGGUAUUGGACUGAAUCUCCCAUAAUACUCUUAGAGCCAUAAUGAUGGCAAAGCAUCGGUGAGAUGUAGUCCACAUUUGGAGUGCCAAAGCUUGCCUGCGCCUGCUUCAGAGAGGUGAUAAGAAACCAAAAUCUUGGUAAGGGUUGCUCUGUCUGCUUAGGGUAACUGGACCCUACAGCCAGAUCAUGAAAUAAUUAUUGUAAAACUUAGUAGGUUUCUUUCUUACUGUUCUUACAAUUCCCAUCUAUACAUCAAUACAAAAUCAAAUGGCACACUGACCGCAGUCCACUCUUUCAAAUACUUGGAUAUGUUGUUAGACCCCAAUCUAUCUUUUGGCCCUCACAUAGAAAAACUUGCAUCUAAACUUAAUUUAAAAAUAGGUGCCCUGUACAGAAACAAAUCCUGCCUAAGCCCUUCAAUAAAAGAAAAGAUUGUACAGCAAAUGCUGAUGCAAAUUAUUGAUUAUUGGGAUGUAGUAUAUGCACCUGCACCGCAAACCCAAAACUCAAUACGUUUUAGAACUCGUUCUGCCGCUUUGUGCUACAAUGUAACUACAUGACCCACCGUUGUGACAUGCUAAAAGAACUAAACUGGCUGUCGCAGGAAUCCAGACACACUCUUCAUCCUUCCAGCCUUGUGUUUGAGUUUUUUUCUGAGAAGCUUCCACCCUACCUGAGCAGAGUGCUCUCCCCGGCUGUUCCCACCUCCUAUAACCUCUGAUCCAGUACCAGCACUUUAUUUAGUCUCUCAAAACAAAAAGAAAGUGUCCCGAUCCUCUUUUCCUAAAGAGCACUGCAAUUAUGGAACGAAUUUUCAAAUCUUCCCCAAGCCUAAAAUCCUUUUGAGAUCACUCUCUACAUUUCUCAAAACAGAAUGCACCUGUCAUGGUUGAUUACAUAUUUCAUACUUGUUCUAUUAAAUUUUGGAUGUAUUGUGUAUUUAUUUUAUUGUACCAUAAUGUAUCAAUGCAAUGUCUUUUUCCAACUUGUAUUUUAUUGAAAAGAUUUCGGGUUAGGGGACGUUCAAAAACAAUUUGGGGAUUGUGCAAUAAUGACUUGUUUAGGCGCCAAGAGCCCUGUCCCUUAGUAGGAAAUUGAGUUGUUAGUGUAAGGGUGAUUGGUGCAUGAUCCGACCAUGUUAUGAUUCCAAUAUGAGUGGAUUGUACCCCAGGGAUCAUUGUGUUGUAUGAGGAAUCUAUCCUAGAGUAGGAGUUAUGGGCUUGUGAAUGGAAGGUGAAGUCUUUCUGAGGGGUGUAAGACAUAUGUCCACAUAGCCUGAGUUAAUCAGUUGUGUUCGGGUGGUUUUCGAGGAGUUGGUGUUUAUUUUUUGUUUUUUGCGUGAUGUUUGAGCUAGAGGAAGUGUCCAUUUUCUCAUCUAAUAUAAAGUUUGUCUCCCCCUAUGAUCAGGGUCCCAAAUUUGUAUUUGUCUGCUAGUGUUAAGAUAUUGUGUAGAUAUGUCUUCUGGUUAUUGUGUGGGCCGUAAACUUUUAUAAAGGUGUAGGGGUCAUUGUUUGAGGCAUUGGAUGAGAAGAAAGCAUCCCUCCUUGUCUCCAAUCUUCUUAUGUAAUGAAAAAGCUACAUCCUUACUAAAUAAGAUUGAGACUGAUCUUUUCUUCUUAGUGUAGCCAGUAUGAAAGCCUAUCAGGUAAUGUCGAUGCGAAUUUGGGCAUAUUGGAGUUUGGAAAGUGGGUUUCCUAUAAGAAAGCCACUGUGGCUUUAAUCUUUCUUGCUUCCUCUAGGGCCAGUCUCCUUUUGUGUGGUGUGUUUAAGCCUUUAACGUUGAGUGAAGUGACCGUUAGAGCCAUAAGGGUGUAGUGUGAGUGUGCUUCUUGCUGUGCAACAUGAUUUCUUCUUAUCCGACCAAAGUGAGAUCUUUAACAACCCUAUAGAGCCAAAAUGGGGAGGGUGAUCUUUGCGGGUGUUUAACUACCCAUAUAGGUGGAAUUUGAACCCAAGACAUCCUGUAGGCCCUUAAUGCGUGAGUUUGUCCCAGCCACUCUAUCAUCCCCACACUUGAUUAGAUCCCUUGGCUACACGUCUGUUAUGCUAGGUGUUCUAACAACCAUUUGUCAAACAGAUACAAUGCAUAAACAUUUAAGACCAAUAUAAACAGAACAUGCUCACAUAUGUAGGCGGUAGGAUUUUAUAUUGGAGUGGGUUGUUGUGAGUCUUAUGUUAUUUAUGUUUUGUCCCAGUGGACCAGUCUUUAGAGAUUUUUGUGGGCGACUUGUUAGAACUGCGUGUUGGAUCUGUCUUGUCUUGGAGGGUGAUGUGUAGGUUCCAUUCAUUUAGCAGUCGGGCUCCAUCUUCCACUGAUUGUACCUAGUGUUCCACGCCAUUUUGUUUUAUGAUGCGUGUGGGGUAUCCCCAUUUGUAUAGGAUGUCUGCCUCUCAUAGUGUUUGUUAUUGGUGUCAGUGCUUUGCGUUUCGCAAAGGUUCUUGCAGAAAGAUAAACAAACAGCUUUACUCCUUGAAAUUCAGCUGGUAUGUUGUCAGGGUUCGUCGCUGCUCGAAGUAUUGCUUCUUUGGAGGUGAAGUAGUGGAUGCGUGUGAUUACAUCUCUAGGCGUAGUAACCGCCAGAAAUUUAGGCCGCGGCAGGCGGUGAAUGCAGUCUAGUCGGAGGUUGUCGUCAUUAAUCCCUGGGCAGAGGGCCUUGAAUAACCUAUUGCAUAGUCACUCAGUUCAGAGGGUUUGAUCUCCUGAUAUGCCGCGUAGGCGUAUAUUAUUAUUGCGUCUGUCGCGAUCUUCGUGGUCCGCCAUUUUAGCCUCCAGAAAGGUUAGGCGGUUUUCAGUAGUUUCACAAGUCGCUGGUAAGUUAUGUGCGUCUAUGAUUUCUGUUCUGUCCUCUAGUAUGGUGGUGCAUUCACUUAUCUCUUUAACGUCUGCGCGGACAUCUCGGGCCAGUUUGGCAAAUUCUGCUUGAAGGUUCUGUUGUAGCUCUUGAAGCAUGCGUUGGAGAGCAGUUUCUGAAGCAGGAGCUGCAUUGCUAUUUGAAAUAGAUGUGCUGUCGCUCCCAUCUGAGCGUGCUGUGGGUGAAUCGGGACCUCUGGCGCCAUCUUGUGCGCAGCUGCGUUGUGGAGUUAGAGGAGAUUUGAAGUGCUGCUGGGUGCAACUUUGUGUUUUUUUUUGUUUUUUUUUGUGCUCUCUGGGACAUGGUGUUGUGGGUUUAAUGAAAGCUGUUUGGGGUGGUUAUUACUCUUCUAGUCGCGGUUUUCCUUGCACCCUAGUAGGAGCUAACUGCUCACACGUCCGUGUCCAUGAGCUGCCAGGCCACGCCCCAAUGCAAUGUUUUGUGGACCCAGGACAUACUUGAAAACAAGAGAAAUCUCAAUGUAUCGUUCCUGGUAAAAUAUUUUAUAAAAAAUACAUAAUUUGUAGGAUAAUAUCCAGUCUAGUUACUAAACAGCUCUUCCAGAGAGCCAUUACUUACAAGUAAGUCAGUCUGUGUUGUGGAGAAAAGGGGGGCAAAAUUGUAGAAAUCAUUGGUGGCAAAUACAGUACAUUUUGUUUUUGGUGUGAAUUCUCAGUUUGUAUUAUCUUUACAAAAACCAAUGCCUUGUAAAGAUUGUAUAGUUUGGUUAACUGGUGGUUUCUAAAUUUUAUCAUUUUUAACUGCAGACUCCAAGAAAAAGGAAAACUCGACACAGUUCUAAUCCACCUUUGGAGUAUCACGUUGGUUGGGUGAUGGACUCAAAGGAGCACAGACCUAGAACCUCUUCUGUAAGGUAACAAGCAAAAUUCUGACCUUUUUUACUGGUUUGUACAUUUGAGCAGUAAUUUGCACAUUACGCAAUUUAGUACUGACUGUAAAAAAAUAAAUAAAAAAAAUAAAAAAUAAAAACUAAAAAAAAAAAAAUAUAUAUAUAUAUUUAUAUAUUAUUAUUAUUAUUAUUAUUAUUUACAUUGCUUGUGCUGAUGUGCCCAGCACCUGUUCAUUAACCCCCAAAUAGAAUGGCAGAUCAGAACCAUUCGACCUAUCUAGUCUGCCCAUUACAGCCCUUCCCUCAAUACGAUAACUUGGAUUGCCUGAAGGACAGGGGCUCUGAUUGUUAGAUGCCAAUGGAAACUGAAAUUGGGUCAGAUUAUGUAUUCCGGCCUGAAGGUACUGUUUGGGGUUGUUUUGAAAGGAACACUAUUGGGACAGGAGCACAAACCUGUAUUCCUGACCCUAUAGUGUUGGAACCACCAUCUGCUCCCGACCCCUUGCCCUCACUAAAUAUCGUAAAAUCUUACUUGUAUUAGUCUGCAGCUGCUGCCGCUAACCUGAUCUGCUGGCUUUCCUUGCAUCAGAAGUUGUUCUCUAAGCCAAUCACAGUGCUUCCCCAUAGGAUUGGCUGAGACUGUCAAGGACGCAGAACCAGCACAAGCCAAACAUAGCCCUGGCCAAUCAGCCUCUUGAAUCAAUGCAUAUCUAUGAGGAACGUUCAAUGUCUCCAUGCACAGUGUAGCACUGCACCUCUAGCAGCCAUCUGAGGAGUGGCCAGUGGCGUUAUCCCUAAGCUGUAAUGUCAACACUGCAAUUUCUCUGACAAGACAGUGUUUACUGCAAAAAGCCUAAAGGGAAUGAUUCUACUCACCAGAACAUAUUCAAUAAGCUGUAGUUGUUCAGGUGACAUUGGUGUCCCUUUAAGGGCCUUACAGUCCACCUUUUAUGUAUAUAGUGAAUGGGUGUGUGCUGAAUCGUAAUAUAAUGGGGAUUUAGUUACAGUAUAUGAUCAUACAUUCAUUAUCCUGCCACAACAACAAUGUAACACAAGGGGGUGGGGGAUAGCGAUAAGGCAGACCUCAAUGUUCGGCUUAUCUGACUAUUUUUGUGAAGUACAGUUUGGGAAUACCUUGAAAAAGUUCCUUUUAAACAACUGAAAUGUCAAGUAGCUUAAAGGAGCACUAUAGGGUCAGAAACAGACAUGUAUUCCUGACCCUAUAGUGUUAAAACCACAAUCUUGCCACCCUGGUCCCCUCAUUCCUCCCUAAAAAUAGCAAAAUAUUGUAUUCAAGAGCUGCUAGCUCUGGCUCUGUUUCCUUUAGACCUGCCCACUGCCUGCUGACAUCAGAAGUGGUGGCCUGAUCCAGUCACAAUGCUUCCCCAUAGGAUUGGCUGAGACUGACAGAGGCAAAUCGGGGGCAGAGCCAGCACGAUUCAAACACAGCUCUGGCCAAUCAGCAUCUCAUCAUAGAGAUGAAUUGAAUCAAUGAAUCUCUAUGAGGAAAGUUCAGUAUCUGCAUGCAGAGGGAGGGGAUACUGAAUGUUUGGAUGCAUUUUAGGCAGCCAUGGCCCAGGAACAGGGGCGGGCUGGGCCGGGGUGCAGGAAGGCAAUUGCCCCCCAGGCCGCCCCAAAUCCUUUUAAGACCGGCCGCUGCAGGGCCGGUCCUAAUGCUGCAGCCGCUUGAGCACUCUGUUAAGAGCCUCAGGCGGCUGGAGCACAUCAUCUCCUCUCCUGUAGCUGGCCGAGCUCCUGUCUGUCCGGCUGGGUACAGGAAGUUUCUGUUUCCUGUAACCGGCCGGACAGACAGGAAGUGCACACUCAGUGUGCACCUUCCUAUCCCUUCGGCCGGGCACCACGGAUGGGGAGAGGAGCUCGGCCACGCUACUGGGGAGGUGAGGGGGUGGGGUGGAGGGAGUAACGGAAGGGGUAGAAGGGGGUAAGAAGAACACAAGGAGGAGGGGGGACUGAGAAGAACACAGGGAGGGGGGAUGGUGAGGAGGACACAUGGAGGAGGAGAAGGAGGGAAGAAGAGCGCGGGGGGAGUGUGAGAGACCACUAAGGGGCAGGGGAGAGCUCUAAGGGAUAGCUCUAUAGGACAGGGGGCAAGACCGGGAGCUCUUUCACUCUACGCACACACAAUGCAUCCCUACACACAGAAACACAUGCUUCCUUUACACACACAGAAACACACAAUGCAUCCUUUACACACAUACACAGAAACACACAAUGCAAACCCUUACACACACACACUGCUUUUCUUACAUACACACAAACACAAUGCAUCUUACACACACUCAAUGCACAAACAUACAGACACACACCUUGCAUCCCUUAUGCAUACAAACACAGAUUCACGCAAUGCAUCCCUUAUGCAUACAAACACAGAUUCACGCAAUGCAUCUCUUAUGCAUACAAACACAUAUUCAUGCAAUGCAUCCCUUAUGCAUACAAACAGAUUCACGCAAUGCAUCCCUUACACACACAACCAGAAACACACAAUACAUCCCUUACACACAAACACACUGCAUCACCUACACAAACUGGUAUCCCUAUACACUACAUACCAUAAGCACACAUAUUAGAACCUCUACAAUAACCCAUAACACAUCCCCUACACACUCCACUCCCUGUGAGCAGACUCAUGGGUGGGUGGAACAAAUAAGUGGACUUAUGAGUGGGCCUUGUGGGCAUACUCACCAUCUGGCUCUGGGGCACAGACCUUGAGCUGUGUAAAUGGAGCUGCUUCCAAUUCUCCCAGAACAUUGAAUUUUGUGACCACAGUUGCAAACAGCCUCCAGAGAUCCUGUUCUACACCAGACCAGUGGAGCCAAACUGCAGCCCAUCAUCAUCCUCAUCUGGUUGUAAGUAGGCAAUCUAGUAAUUAUUAGUGACCCUAAUCUAUAAUUUACUUCACAUUAAAGGGACACUAUAGUCCCCAGAACCACUUCAGCCUUUUAAUGUAAACACACACUGUGUGCAGUACUGGCGUUAGUUCGUAUGGCAGCUCAUAUAGGUGGAGCAUUGUGAUGUCACAUGGGGGCCGGCAAAUCCAGCUGUUCCCCAUGCAGUCACAGGUGCCGCUGUGCUAGGAGAUUGUGAUUACUCUUCACUUCCUCCCAGCCUACAGAGCAGCGCAUGGGAGAAGGAGGAGGCAUGAUUUAAUCUUACAACAAAUCCAGUAAGCAAAUCUUUAUAAAUUGGGAGGGAUCAGCUCUGUUUGCACAGUUUAUUGGUGUUUACUCUGUCUGUAUUAAUAUUGAGGGAUGUCUAAGUAGUAACGUCAGUGUAUGUCAGCAGGUCCAGCCGUUGGGGUGUGCACGCUGUGCGGUCACGCAGGAUGCCAUGACAACAGAGGCGCCCGGCGGCCAACACAACUCACAAGUUGGGGACACCAGCAUAUUCAAUCUAAACGAUUCGCUGGUGGUACACUGGUGCGCACCAGCAGUAGGUGCAGUCAAAUCAUAUCCUCUCGCUUGUGGUUCCGGCGCUCAGUUAGUGAGUCAGACCACAGGCUCAGAGAUUCUCAGCCUGCGCUCUAACAACAUAAGGUCAGAGCCACGAAGGAGCGGGUAUGGCAAAGAGCUACUGAUUAGCAUAACAUCAAUAUCCGUUAUAAAACCAUGGAUGGUGAACUGAUUUGGUGGUGCAAUGGGCCACUUGACUGGUUUUGCCCCCCAGGCCUAAGGCUGCCAGCCCUCCCCUGCCCAGGAAGGAUCUCUAACAGCCAUCUAAGGAGUAGCCAGUUAAGUUAUCACUAAGCUGUAAUGUAAACACUGCAUUUUCUCUCAAAAGACAGUGUUUACAGCAAAAAGCCUGAAAGUAAUGAUUCUACUCACCAGAACAAAUUCAAUAAGCUGUAGUUGUUCUGGUGACUAGUGUCCCUUUAAGUAAACCCCAUUGAAAUGCUCCACACUUAUAUUUUUUUGUUUUAGCAGCUCAAAUGCAUCGCCUUCAGAAGGUACUCCACUUGUAGAAAGCUAUGGCUGUACCCCUCAUUCUUUGCCAAAGUUUCAACAUCCAUCUCACGAACUUCUAAAGGAAAAUGGCUUCACACAACAAGUAUACCAUAAAUAUAGAAGGAGAUGCUUAAAUGGUAAGAACACAUUUAAAAUGGGCUUUACUUAUUUUAUUUUUCUAAACUAUGACCUAGUGUAAUUACAAGUAGUUUAGCUUCAUGUUAUCAACCUACAAUUUAACUUCUGUGAUCUGUGCCAUGAGGCAUUUCUUGAUCUCAAGGAGGAAAUUACAUCCUACAACUUGACUGCUAGCUUCUUGUGAUAUUUCCUGUUUCUCUCUUAAUGUCCCAGCCUAGCACAAAAAAAAUUAAAUGCUGGCAACCUUAUUUGUCUAAAGUCUUAAAAUAAAGUGCAGUUAGGGAACAUGUGCACAUACCAAUAGCAUGGGUCAAGUACAUGCAUUGUUAUAGAGAAGCUAGCUACAGAUGAGCCCAUAUUAAAUUGAAACUACACGUUAGUUGUGUGAACUGUAGUCAGGAGUAGACACUACUGAGUAGACACUACAUUUUUGUUUGGCAUUUUUUUUGGUUAUGCCAUGGAAGAUGCAAGUUAUCUAUGCAGUACUUCUGACUUCAGCUGUUGAGAAAGUCCAUGUGUUUGGGUUUUUUUGUUUGGGUUUUUUUUAAAUGUGAAACCUGCACUUUUUGCUGAAGUGUAAAGGCUGUUAUUUCUAAACUUUGUUCCUUUUAACAGUUAGACAAGAAACCCUAUUCACCAUAACAAUAUAGCAUGUUGUAGUGGUUAUGCCAGGAGUAGCCUGGCACCCUCUUUCAGUAAGUCAAACCGUUUGAUCACAUACCUGGGGUCUGCCGGUCACCGCCUACAGUGGAACACUACUCCACAUUUUCUGGAAUAGACAAAAUUUCAGUCUGUUGGUUUAAAACAAGAUAUAAUUUUAGAAAACACAAUAUGUAGAAAUUUCUUGCAUAGUUUAUUUUUUAUGUAUUUUUUUUUUCAUGAGGGUUUGGCUUCUUGAAUGCUCUCUGAAAGUUUUACCUAAGCAUCCUGGUCUCAAUAUUUUCACCUCCUUGUAACUAUCUAGUAAAGUGUUUUUUUGUUGUUGUAAUUGCUAUCUGCAAUGUGUGUAUUUGAAGAACGGAGACCUGCCAAGAAUAGAAGUCAGCUAUCUUUACACAAUAUAAAUGAAAACUUAAGCUCUGUUUUUAAAUCUCUCUGCACUUUUUUUAUUUUUUAUUUUUAAACACUCACACACAAACAAUAUGGGGCUCCUAAAAAAGGAAAGAAGAAUUCAGCUCCAAACCAGGACAGUCCUCCAAAAUAGGGGCACUUUGGAGAUAUGCCUUAAUUUGCAAUUUACUGCUAAAUUCAUGGCAGUCUAGUGUUUUAUUUUCUAGAUAAAUAACAUUAGGUGGGUUGGAAAUCUUUUCCCCACUGACUUGUAACAUUUUUUGGUUAGUACAUUUUGAUAAAUGUUAACAGCAUAAAAAUAUUUCUAUCAGAUAUUGGUAUUUUUUAUUUUUCAUGUUCAAUCGGGCAGUUGGGAUAUCAAGAUCAAAUACCAAAUCAUCAUUUGUUAAUCGUUACAAUGUGUCUUUUCAUACCAUGUGUAUCCCGUAGCUAAUCACUCUACUCUCUGUCUCUGCACUUUCUGCUAAGCAUGGCAACUACAUGCAAGUCCCAGUACUUGCCAGUCUCUCUGGCAGGCUAAUCAGUCCCUCCACCCUUGUGGUUUAAAAAAAUAAAUAAAAAGUUUAACACAUCUCAUUCCCAGUUCCUUUUUGGGGCAUGUUUAAUAUCCCAGAAGCAUGCUUAAUCUCCCAGGGUACAUGCCAUCCACCGCAAUUGUUACAUAGACUGCAUUAAUUUCAGGUCCUACAUUUUUAGCCUCAUCAGUUUCAAGUGUAUUUACUAAAAAUCUUAUCCUACCAGUUUGCUGCAGAUCCAGUAAGUUCUGUCAUGCUAUAUAUGGACAACUGGCUUUUGGGAGGGUCACUCAAAAGAUUGUCUGCAGUAACUACAAUAGCAUGGCUGGAUGGACAGUUAGGAAAAAAUUUGCCUGCAGUUAACAAGUGUAAUAUAUUUUUAUGACCUGCACAUACAAGAGGUGUUAUAGCAGAGCUAUAAAAACCCAGAAUCAGAAAAUAACUUUUUUCCUUUCUAGCAAUAAAAAAAACAAAAAAAACCCCUCUGGUUCAAGAGGUCUUAUGAAUCUUUACCCAACAAAACAUCUCUACUGGUCUACUGCCUCUAUUCAAAAAGCUUCUAGAGCCUCUUCAAAAAGGCAUUUCAUUUUGCUUGCUUCAGAUGGAUCAGAAUACUGCAAAGUACUGUUAAGAGUGACGUAAAGAUUGCAUUGCUUCCAUAGCCAGAUGAUGGAAAUUCACUAUUCUAACAGCAUAUUGGAAACAAGUCUCCAACAGCCCACACUACCAGAAGAUUAUUUGCAUUUUGGCAACGAAGGCAGAAGCACCUCCUGAGAGAGUUCAUGGCAUCUCUCCUUCCUCAAUACAUACGUUCUGCAAAUAUGAUUGGCUGCAUGUCCUUCACAAGAAGUGCGCUUUCAGUGAAAGCUGCUACAUGUGGUCUUGAAGAACUCACCCACCUUUUAAAUGGCUUGUGACAUCCUAGUCAUGAGUACUGCUGCUCUAAGCUUGGAAACCUCUUUUCCUUACUAGAUGAUGUGUCCCUAUUUAGUCUUUACAUUAAACCUUUGCACAGAAAUUGGUAUAUUUUUUUUUUAUUAUUAUAGAUGUUAGAGGUAUCUAAAGUGGAGCUACUGACACAUUUAGUUCUUGAGAAGGAUCUAUCAAGUAGUUGGAAGCUAGAUCAACUAGCCAUUGGUGAGGAACUGCCUCUUCUACUAUGGAAAUAAUGUCCAUAAUCCUUCUAUGGCACCAGUUUAGUGUGUUUAGGAAUUACAUGGCUGCAGACUAGAGUUAAUCUUAAAAAAUAAAGUGUACAUAUAUUAGUCUAUCUCAAAUGUAUUUUCAGGAGGGGUUUUGAUUUGUUGUGUUUUUGUUUUUUUGUUUUGUUUGUUUUUUCUUGCUUUAUAGAUGUGCAGUACUAUAGUUUUUCUAUAUGCUUCUUAUUCUAUAUUCAGAAAGAAAACAUUUAGGAAUUGGUCAGUCCCCAGAGAUGAACACCCUCUUUCGUUUCUGGUCCUUCUUUCUCAGAGAUCACUUUAACAAAAAAAUGUAUGAGGAGUUUAGACAGCUUGCUGUAGAUGAAGCCAAAGAAAACUACAGGUAACGUAGUAGCUACUACUAUAUAUUUAGAUGAGUUGUAAAAAAAAAGUGGUAGACCUCAGUAAGAAUUUUGGUCCAGUCAUGGCGAUGGAAAUGCAUGAUUCAGUUUACGGAGUUGGAAAUAUACUCCACAUACAGUUUCUGAUUAGAUACAAGUCAGAUAUUCUAACCAGAACUAGAUUCAUUGUAUUUCUAAAACAAAUAUACAGAGCAUGCUAAAAUGUCCACAUAAUUAAAUCUGAUAUUUUUUUUUUAUUUUUAUUUUUUGUAUCUGACAAAGCAAGACUCCAGGUGUGUUGGGGGAAAAAAAGUCUUUAUAAUGGGAGUAUUUUGUACACCUCUUGAAUGGGUGGCUUUAAAGGGGGACACUAAGGCCCAAAAACAGCUUUAGCUUAAUGAAGUAGCUUUGAUGUAUAGAUCAUGCCCCUGCAGUCUUGCUGUAUUUGACCUAUACAGCGUCCCCUACACACUCAUGUAAAGAGACUUAAUUUUUAAACCUAUUUUUAUUACAGCAUAUGUUUAGAAGUUCUUAUUUCCUGCUCUGGUAAUUGGCUGCUAGAGCGCGUGCGUGUUUUUUUUUUUUUUUUUUUCCAGGAGGUAACUACCCCACUGCAAGAUCUGAUUGAAAAUUAAACUUCUCACCCUAUGUUGGCUGUAUGAGGUGUGGCUAAUGCUGCAUUAACGAGUGAUAGUUAUUGUUUCACUAAAAGGAGAAUUGAGCAUUGAGACUGCAGGGGUGUGAUCUAUUCCCAAAUACUGCUUCAUUAAGCUAGUUUCUAAAAGUCUCCCUUUAAACAGGUGUCAAACCUUUUCUUUCUCAUUAAGAUGAAGAUAUAUUGAGGGUGUUAAUUGAGAUCGGGAAAUCCACCCUGAGAACUUUUGAAUAGAAACCAAUAAAGUACAUGGCGAUGAAAGAUGUUGCUAAUUUAAGUCAAGUAUGUUUUAGGAUGCCCCUUAAAGGACACUAUAUGAUGGCAUACCAUGAAAAAAAAAAUCUAACUUUUGUAUGUUACUGGGUGUCGGUCUGAAGUUUCAUUGAAAAUCUGCAGGCGUUUUAACUGUCAUUUAUCACUUGCAGGUAUGGUUUAGAAUGUCUCUUUAGAUUUUACAGCUAUGGGUUGGAAAAGAAAUUCAGGCAAGGGAUAUUUGAGGACUUUCAGGAAGAAACUCUGAAAGACUAUGAAAAUGGUAACACGAUCAGAAUUUUCUUAUCCACUUUUUUUUUUGUUUUGUUUUUUGUUACUUCUUACUUAAAUAUUUAUAUUUUUAUUUUUAGGACAGCUUUAUGGACUGGAGAAGUUUUGGGCAUAUCUUAAAUAUUCAAAAGGGAAAAACCUUUCAGUUGAGCCUAAACUAGAGAGUUACUUGUCCAAUUUUAAGAGGCUGGAAGAUUUCAGAGUGGAUGUAAGUGGCAUAUCCUACCCCAAUCAAGGUUUUUACACCCAUAAAAAUAAAACAUGAUUGGAUACUUUUUAGUUUCUUAUUCUUACUCUAGUAAUUAGGACUUAGAAUCUAAGUGUAAGCGCUGCGGAAUUAGUUGGCGCUAUAUAAAUAUCAUUAAUAAUAAUGUGAAAUGUAUGUUCAAAUAUUAUUCAAAUGCAUAGUAUUUUAAGUGAUCUACUUUGUUCCAGAAGAAAUUAAAUAUAAGAGAUGGCCAUCUGUCUUUAAAAGGACAUGCUACUCCACACCAAAAUAACUUAAGUGCAUUUGACAGGAUUUGGCCACAUAUUAAUGAUGGUUUUUCUUAAUCCAGUGGAGGUUCACACACCGCUGAGAAGUGUUCAGGUGCAGCCAAAUAGAGGAGGCAAAUUCAAAAUACUCCGUCACAAAAUUGCAAUGUUUUUGUUCUGUUAUGGAGCUUUUGCCAACCAUGAUUGCCUGACCGACUCUGAAACACGUUUCACUUAUCAAAGCAAUGUCAGCUCAGAGUGCAACAGUUUGUUGCUGUUUUUCUUAACGCAUCAUUGUCUCCUCCCCCUCUACCAACCCCUAUAGCAGGGGUCCACAAACCCCUACCCCCAGAUGUUGCUGAACUACAACUCUUUUGAUUCUCUGGCUAUCUAUGUAAUUCAAAGAAUCAUGGGAGUUGUAGUUCAGCAACUUCUGGGCAGCAGGAGUUUGUGGACCCCUGCCGUAUAGGGUCUUUUUGAUAGCACUUUGUGUCCCAUUACAUGACUGGAAUUGAGUAUUUGGGAAAUCCAGAAGACCUAUAUUGAUAGGGAAAUGUAGUCCUACAUACUAAUGUUGCAAUCUGUAAUUGUUACCAAUUGCUAUCAAAUAGAGCCAAUAUGGCCAGCACUUUAGAGUGAGUUUGGCAAGAAUGUCAAUAGAAGAAAGUAGAAAAAUCGAAUACACUAUGAGAAGAUGUUGUUUUUGUUUUUGUUUUUCCCCCUCCCCCUCUUUGGUCCUAAAUUCAGAGUGGCUCUUUGAACUAAAUCAAGGUGGGAAAAAGCUAUCCUUAUAUUCUGUUGUGCUUUCACUUUGCUGUAUUUUGUUUUUAUUUUUUAGUGUCUCAUUUAAAGGUAAAUCUUUUUAAAUGCCGGCUGUCUGUCUGCUAGUUGGGGAAAAAGCUACAUUAACAUUUUCCUGCCAGUUCAGGUUAUUCAAAGUGAUGCAUGUACCUUUUUAAGCAAAAUGAAAUCUGUUUGAACGGGAAAAGGUGAAUUUGAAAGCAUUUGGCCUGAUACUUGUGCUUUGUUUGUUAUGUUGGUGCCCAAAGUGUUUACCUUCAUGUUGAUGCGAUGUAAACUAAAAUUUGAAUGAAAGCAAAUAGUGAUUAUUGACCGAAUGAAUCCUAUUCACCUUUAUAAAAUUAUGUAAACUGAAUAUUUGCUGACCCUGUUAUCAGUAUUAAAGCUUUUACUUGGAGUAAUUAGUAUUGCAGGUGGUGGAAAAAAUUAGUUGUAAGUUUUAAAUAUGACCGUUCCACUGUUAUGCUGAUAGAGAUAUAUCGAUAUAUAUCUAUCAUUACAGUUUAGAAACACUUAUAAAAAUCACACCAGACACAAUCGUAUGUAAUUACUAUUGCAGUGCUGUUACAUUCAGCAUACUUUUGCAUUACCUACGUCUGCUAUAUUCUAUUUUGUGUGUAAUAGAAGAAUCCUAUAUAAUGAAUCCAGGUAAGUAGAGGCAAACUGGUAAUGACUUAAUCCAACGUUUAUGUAUGCUGCCUUUUUUUAAAUAUAUGUUUGCCUAAAUCCAGAUAGGUCAGCAUGAAGAUGCCAAGUUAGUGAAUCCAUAUUCUGGCAUUUAUCUACAGCCUCCCAUAGCUGAAGAAGCUGGACAACAAAGGCCUCAAACUACCUUGGCAUGUGAAGAUGCAGGUCGCCGAAGGAAUCGUUCUGGUACCUCCAAAACCUCUACUGUUAAACAGUCUAGCAGCCGUUCUCUGGGAUCUGCCAAUUCUGCUCCCAAAGUAAAAGCACAGCCGAAGAGGCAAAGAAGCAACUGCAGCCAGGACAAAGGUGCCACAAAAUAGCCUUCAUAACUGGUAGCAAGAGAAGAGGACAUUGUUUAGCCAUGCGAAGAUGGCAAUGUUGACACAGCUCCUAUGCAGCAACUUGGGAUGCUUGAUAACCAAAAAGCAAUACAUUGAUAAUACAAUGAAGCUUACAUAGGUUUCCUCAAACAAGGAUGUAUUUUAUUGAGGUUUGCGAAAGCAAAUUUUUUUUUUUUUUUUUUUCCUCUCUCUCUCUCCUAAACGUACAUUUGAGAAAUGGUUCCUUUUCUAUUUUCCAGAAAGGACAGCCUUAAUGUUUCAAAAGAAAUGCUCAAGAGAGGGUGUUUGAAUCCAUAACGUGUUUUUUUUUUUUUUUUUUACCUGCUUUAUUUCAUUACCAGGACGUAUAUAUAAUUGUGAAAAAAAUCAUACUUUUUAUGACUUAAUAUUCUAAUACUAUAUUUUAAAUAAUGGUUCUAAAUAGCAUUUUGUUUUCUGUUUAUAUACAGAUUUUCAGAAUCAGCAGCUUUAGAGUACAACUUGCUCUUCAUUAACUGUUUAGAACUCAGUGGUUUCAUUUUGAUUUUAAAAGAAUUUAGUACAUGUGUAAGGCAUGAAUGCUCUUAUGUUAAGAGAAAGAAAAGCUAUAGAUAGUUAGUGAUGAGGUUGUAAGAUGGGUUAAAGAGAACUGCAAGCAUAUGUGUGAAGACCGUGGUUAACACCUGAAGUAGGGGCUCUGUGCCUGAAAACCAGUCUCUGUCCUUUGUUAAUAAAAAAAAUAGCUUUACCCCUGUAACACUCUUAUGACUCAAUGAUCCUAGCUUUAUAUCCCUUCAUAUCUAGUAAGUGAAUAAUUCAGGGCUUUGUAAAAGUCUACAAGGUGAUGCUUGCUACUAUAUAUACUUUUUAUUUAUAUUUUUUGCUAAGGGAAAUACUUGCUUUUUGGGCUGUCUUUUUAUUUACUCUUCAGUGUAGUUUUUAAACCUAUAUUGCAUUAGUCUCUUAAUUCUAUGGCUUAAACGAACCAUAAACUCAAAGCAGGGAAACUGUCAAUUUUUUUUUUUCAUUAAAUAAAAUGUGGAUGUAUUACAGGACUAUUGCAUUUUACUUUAAGUUGCACAUAAAAGUUGUCCAUUUGGUGCUGAAGUUUAUAUUGUAGAGGCGUACUAAUGAUGUGUUAAAACAAGUGACCUGCCACUUCAGCUGCACUAUAAUUUGUCAAUAGAUUACCUUUCUGACUUCUGUUUUUAACUUGUUUUAACACAAAAUAAUGAAAUUGUAAAUUAUUUGGAUUUUUAGCUUCGUGUACAGUACAAUAAAAGACUGGAGGGUUUCCGGCUUUGCGGUGAACUUGUAGACCUUGCUGUAAUAAAAAAAAUAUUUUUAAAAUUUGUAUUCACUUUCUUACUCCUUCAAAUACAUGACUGUAAAUGCAUUUUACAGAUUUCUCCUCAUUCCAGCAGAGCCAGAAAGUGAUUUACCUUAACACUGCACUUGGCAGUUCAAAUAAACUUGCCCUUGCUACAUCAUUGUACAGAGUUUGCUUGCCCACUGUGGUUCACUAGCCUGCACGCCAUCUGGGUUGACAGCCCAGAAAGUAAGUCGCAUGGCCCACAAAGUUUAGGAGUGCAAGAAAAGUGUAGAAGGCUUGCUUUGAUUUUGCGUAUAAGGCAGAGGUAUUCUACUUCUAUGCGAACACCUGGCAGCAGUAAGUAGCGGGCAGGUUAUUAAUGAAUAUUUUCUAGUUCUACCAUCUACUGUCCCAAAAUGAAUUCCCAAAUAAGUUAAAUUAAAGUUUGCAAAUUCGCAAUGUAACUCAAAGUCAAUCACACUUCUGUGAAAUCAAACUGUCCACUUAAGAAGCAACACUGAGUGACAAUCAAUUUCACAUGCUGUUGUGCAAAUGGGAUAGACAACAGGUGGAAAUUAUAGGCAAUUAGCAAGACACCCUAAUAAAGGAGUGGUUCUGCAGGUGGUGUCCACAGACCACUUCUCGCUUCCUGGCUGAGGUUUUAGUCACUUUUGAAUGUUGGCGGUGCUUUCACUCUAGUGGUAGCAUGGGAUGGAGUCUACAAGCCACACAAGUGGCUCAGGUAGUGCAGAUCAUCCAGGAUGGCACAUCAAUGCAAGCUGUGGC